ACAACUCAAUAAAAGGCGGGUCUUCACAAAUAUGGCUGACAUCAAGUGGCUGCUUUCUCGACCUGAAUUUCAAAUUUAAAACCCUGUUCGCUACUUUGCUUUCGAUUCCCUGUUAUGGCAUAGAAAUUUUACAAUGACUAGUCUCUACACAGCCGCUACCGAUGUAUCUCCGACCAAUAAUUCUCACCGUAUUCCACGAUGCUUCGACUCAAAACUCGACAACAAGACAGGAUCGCUCAUAAAUUUCGACGCCAGGGAUGGAGGGAUUCCUAUCAACUUUGGAUUGAAUUGUCUGGGAUGGAUGGUGAGUUUAAAACUCUCGUCUGUGUUGCUAUAUUCGAUAAACUUCCUUUUUUAGGUUUCUUGUAAUCUUCGGUCUAUUUGACAACAAUGACAACAAACAGGCUAAUGGUAGCAAAGCAAAUCCCCUUGUACCAGCGGUCUAAAUAUCUUACGAAGCUGUUGUUGCACGGGUUUGGCUUAAAUGUGUUUGAAAAAUACUUUCCCUUUAAUUGUGAUAGAAAUUAAAAUGAAGAAACGUGAAGAAAUAUUAGUUAUAAGCCGUAAAACAUUUCGGACGAUCAAGAAACAAGAUUCGCAUCAGCGCAGGGUAGUUUAUUGAAGGGACAAUUAAGUUCUUAGUCGAUGUUCCUCGAUCUCUUUAAUGCAUUAUUUAUUUCUGUCGAGAUUACAGCGAACAUCUUAUCUUUGCAAAUAGCUGUUCUCCAGACAUAAUCUAUUUUGUUGGAAGAAGCGAAAGGAAAAUAUAUCAGAAGCCGUAGAAAAAUUGUAAACGGAUACGGCUCAAUGAAGUCUUCGCUAGGUGAAAAGUGUAUAGCACAAAGCUUCAUAAUUUUCAAACAAACAAUUUCUGAUUUAUUCUACUUCGUAAGGCAACGUAAUUUCCAACACAACAAACUGAAUGCGAUUACUUCUUACAUUAAAUUUCUUUCCUCAAAUUCACUGAAGUGUUUAGUCUUUUAUUGUGAAAACGAGAUUCGAGACAGGUGAAUGAAAUCUACACCAAAUUUCAUUUAUUAUGCAAAAAUAUUUUUCGAAUUGAUUUAGGUGGCUAGCCGCGCGCGCCAAAUUAACGAAAAGCUUGUUCAAAUCUCUAUUAUUUACAGUUAAGAAAAUUGAUUUUGUUACUGGUAAAGUGUUAAGAUAUAUUAUGUUUGUGACACAAAAUUCUGCUAUUUCAAAAUGCGUGUCAAAUAUCGUGUUUGACAUCUUGUGAAAAAAAUUACAAUAAGACGUCUGCAUGGUUGAAAGAUUUCUAUAAUUUGUGGAGAAAUAAUUUGGAAAAAGAUAUAUUUAACUAAUGAUUUCUUAGUUCAUAGAGCUGAAACAAUUGUUUUUAUUUUACAGUAUUGUGAUUAUUUUACAAUAAAUUAAUUUAAGGCAGUUUCUUCCUGUUAGUCAUAACCAAGCCAAUCUAAAUGACAUUCUAAUGCCUAAAAAUUGCAACCUUAAAUGAGUUCCUGCAGGGUUUAAAUCAGUUCACUGCCCUACAGUGUAUAUCACUUGACAUGCUUUUCCUUGGCAAAAGUUUGUUGUUAUCUAUCACGCUAAUGGAGAGCCAUGACAAAGAAAUAAUAAAACUACAGCUCUCAUAAGACUGACAAAUCUUACUUUUUGUUAACCAAGCUUUUAUUUUGCCUCAAAGCAGGAAGGUUGAUAUUGAGUUUAGCAGGCAUUCGUAAAUGUGUUAUGACACCCUUCCCACUUUUGUGUAAAAUAUAUUUAUAGAAAUGUUCAAAUUAAAUCAUAGCUAUAAAAGUAUGUUUCUUUUUAUUAUCUUGUCAAGAAACAAUUAUGUAGAAUUUUCUAACUUACAUGUAAAAUUUUUAGGGUAAAUACAAUAGCCAUUACAAAAAUGAGUCAUCAGACAAAAUUGAUUAAAGAUCCUGAUUAAUUAUUGUCCUGUUUCUUAAAUAUAUUAUCUUUUACUUGUAGGUGGUUUCCAUAGGCCACUAAGGCAUGGUAUGAAAUAAUAUUUGCCUCUUUUCUGCAGCUACAAUGGUGAAGAAAUUACAUGGAACUUUACUACCUUGUAUUUGAAUAAUUUCCCUUUACAAGAAUAUCUUUGUUUCUGAAGUUUUCAUGGUCUUUGAUUUUUUUUGCCUGAAGUCUACCAAUGUGCACUUUUUAGAUGUAAUGGACAGGUAUUCUUUACUGUCAGUUUGCCAUCAGUAACCAAUAUCUGUCUAAAUCUGUUAUUUUUUUUUGUGAUUUUCAGAUUAUAUUCAUUUUGUUCUGUGUAAUCCGAAGACUUGUAUGGGAUUAUGGAAGACUGGCUCUUAUUCAGAAGGAAGACCAAGGGUAGGAGGAAUUUUUUUCAAUAUGACUGUGUGCUUUUAGCACUGACCAAAUAACUCCUUGAGGACUUACUCCAAUUUGAAAUUGGGUGACAAGGAAAUCUUGGCUCCUGCUGAUCAUUGCUAAUUAAUGUUCGGAGACCCUUUUUGCCUGAACACCCAGACUGCUAGAUGCAUUGUGUCAACAAUGUUGUCUGCUUCUGUUGUUCCUUUCCCAGCAGAAUGAAACAGCACUUAUCAAGGACUGUGGUGGAGAGGGAGGGGAGUGGGGAAGGGGCGGGGGGUGGGUAACUUAUUCUAAAGAGCUUUAUAUUAUGACUUUGUAGUUGGACAGCAAGGUUCUAUGGAGAUAUACAAAGCCCACAGGCUGACACAGAAGAUGGGGAGCUUGACAAAACACCGGUGGAGUUUCCUGAAGUAAAGAAGAAGGUAACAUCAUGUACAUGAAAUAAAGAAAUGAUAAAUAAAUUAUGAUUUAGAGGUAGCACAUCCAUGUAAUCUACCUGAUCCCUGGUUGAAUUGGAAUUGGAAAUGUUUAUCUUUGAGGAGAGGGGAAAACCUGAGUACCCGGAGAAAAACCUAUCAGAACAAAGGAGACAACCAGCAACAAACUCAACCCACAUAUGGUGUCAAUGUGGGGAUUUGAUCCUGGGCCACAGAGACAAAUGCUCUCAUCACUGCGCCAUCUCUUGCUCCUUGAUACUGUAAAAUGCAGGUCAUUUAGCCCCAACCCCCCUAUUCGGGGACAUUCAGUGUAAGCCAACCCAAAACCCAAAAUUGUAUGAGCAGCCUGGGCUAAUGACUGAAAUUUUUUAGUCUUUAACAAUUAUUCCACGAGUGCUCAUUGGAUACGAGAUGGUAGAUAGCCAUCUCAUAUUCAUGCCAACGAGUGCGAGUGGAAUAAUUGUUUCAUUAGAAAGGCCCACAAAAUAUUGAGAAUUCUUCCUGACUUUAUUUGUAAAAAAACCCGAUUUCAGCUUGUUUUUAAUUUUGAGCAGAUGUGUACAGUUACAAUAUUUGUAGAGCAUGGUAUAAUGACUCAUAUACCCUGAUGGCUGAGCCAAUCAGAGCUCUAGAAUUGCAUUAUCCAAUGAUUCAGUUUUUAAUGAAAGUGGAUAUGUCACAGAACAAGCACCAAUGUGCCCAAAAGGUUUGAAUUGGUGACCCAAUCCUGAAAAUUAGUCACGUUACUGUAGUUUUCAAUCAAAGGUAAAUCUGUGUCAUUGAUCUGAUAUUUUAAAGUCCUUGUUUGUUGUAGAAAUGACACUUGAAUAUUGAUUUUAAUAAGUUACAUUUUAUGUGCAGGUCCCUUGUAAUACCUCUUUGAUAUUCCUACUCACUGGCAUAUCUCCUUUAGGGUGAAAACUUCUUAUUCUGGACAUUCCAACUCUUCAAUAACAUAAAACCACUUUCUGUUCUUGAUAACUCCUGUUAAAUUGGAUGGCAUCUGUUUUUUGCCUUUGGAUUUGCCACUGCUUUCAAAAUUUAGAGUCUCCUGUAGAAAAUAUUGCAAUUUUAUGCUGUGUCGCUUUCUUAGUAUUGCUUCACAAUGCAGCAAACUUGUAUUUGUUGAUUUGUCUUUUAUUCUUUUUUUGUUUCCACAUGAAACCUAGGGCCUGUUUUCAUGGAUCCUUGUUUUUAUAAGAGUCUCUGAUGAGCACAUUCGACUGAAGUGUGGUAUAGAUGCAUUGCAGUAUAUAGUUUUUCAGAAGCAUCUUCUGGUUUAUACAGUCAUUAUCUUCUGUCUCUCCAUUGGUAUCAUCUUGCCUGUCAACUAUUCUGGAACUAAUGGUGAGAAACAGUCCAGGGGAAGGGGUGGGGGGGCUACUCCGGAUUUCAAGUUACAGGGGUGAUUGAAGGAGUUUUUGGGUUUGAAAUUUUCAAUUGGGGGAUUUUUUAAGGAAGGAAAAUUUGGGAAGUAUUUUUGGAGUGGCUUGUGUUAGAUAGGGAUUUUGGGGGGUAUUCAAAACAAUCUGAAGAGCUGUGGCAGUGCCCAUGUAUCUGUAGUUCUGCGAAUAAAGUACAACCAAAACUUCAUGUGUUAUAUUAUGAAAGCUUUCUGGAAACUUUUAAGGCUCAGAAAUUUGGCGUGAGAUUUAUUUGGGGUUAAUUUUUGAUCCAAGGAUUUCUUUGGAGUUUGGUUUUUGCCCCCAUUUGAUAAUCCCUGUCACUUGAAAUACGGAUUACCCCCCCCAACCCCACCUGCUUAUUAAACCUUUGUUUUUCGUGGCCUUUAUCCUUGUCGUGGAUGUUCGAGUUUGCUAGUGAUGUUACCACGCAAACCAAUACUACCUUUUUUCGUUGUCAUUUGUAUAUAAAUGUGUAAUAAAAUGUUGCAAUAAAACGCAAAACAAUUCUUGAUAUGCAACCAUUUCGUUGAAAAACAGACAGUUUCAUGGAAAACGCGUGACCAAAACACACAGUUACCCAUUGAGAGGCUUCACAUGCGUGCUGCCCCUCGAUUAGCCGGACCACCUACAACUCCCCUAAGCCAACAUUUUGCCCUAAGUGAGAAGUAAAUGUUGAUGUUGGCUUAGAGGAGGGGUAGGUGGGGAUGAUCCGAUUAGCCUCCCACGGACACGUUCUUUCGGCUCGUCACGCGUGUCGUUUUUGGGGAAAGAACGCGUGACGAAGCCCUAAGAAUGUUUGCGUGGGGUGGCUACCCCUUGUUAACCACAAGUACUUUUCUUUUGUCCCGUUAGAGCCUGACAAUAACUCUUUUGGAGCAACCACAGUGUCCAACUUGAAGCCAACCUCAAGCAUCUUCUGGUUACAUACAGUAUUUGGAAUCAUUUACUGUGUUAUUAUGGUGGUCACCCUGCGACAUUUCAGCAACCUUUUUGCUGCGGAAAGUAGUGACGAUUCUACCAGGACAAUUAUGAUUACAAACAUUCCUAAAUCUGUGACAGCUGACUUGAUAAAGCAACAUUUUUGGUAAGGAAACAGUUUUCUGUUAAACCAGCCUGAGGACACGCUCUUAGACUACGAGCAGUUUCCGUUAAGCGAAACGCACAAGACACGAAAAUGACCACGCUCGUGACUGAAGGCGCGGGAUGGGAGAGGCUGCCGCCCUCCUUUGUCGCGUCUCCGAUGCUCGCACUCGCAUGCAUUCCCAGGGUUCGCAAAUUCGCCAAAUUUGGCGUAUUUUACGCCAAAAUUGUUCAGAUGACUCCACUGAGGUUACGGAGGGAGUCACUUUGACUCCAAAAAUUUUCGGUAACAAACAGGGAGCCACUUCGACUCAAGAAAUUUUCGGUAACAAACACAGUUUUAUCCUUACCUUUUUCGCAACAAAUACAAUUUACGUUAAUUGUAAACGUUGUAAACCUUAAUUAAAUCAUCGAAAUUAAAGAAUUAUACUCCACGACAAAACAGGAAGAGGGUAAAUUACGAUCAAAGUUUACUCGAUGACCGCCAUCAUGGAUUUGAGCUUUCCAGGUCAGCGGACCGCCACAGCUACUUCGUGUAUCCCUCACGAUAGUGUAUACAUGCCGGGACCACGUGCUGGAAAGUCUGAUACUUGACUCCAAAUAUUCCAAAAUGACUCCAAAAUUUGUGAAGCAGAAGUCACACUGACUCCACUCAUCAAUAAAAUUUGCUAACCCUGCAUUCCCCUUACUAAAUCUGUAGAAAAAGAGAGACUGCCCACAGUCCAGCCAGGUGUCCAUUUGGGAUAUAUCAUGAGAAGUCAUUUUUGAGUGGUAGGGCGAAAGGAGACGAGGGACCUUUGCUCACCACUCGAAAUGGAGAGUUUGCUCACAGGCUUGAAUAAAACCCUCUUUCACAGUCUUCUCUGUUAUCGUAUUUAGAGGGCAUCUGGGCACUGGAAUGCACUUCGGAUCCAGACCGUCACAUAAGGGGGAGGGGGUGGGGAGGGCAGUCAUCCACACCCCGAAAUAAUGGGGGGCCCGGUCUCCAAAACAGUUUUUUUCAGCCCUUCGGGCUUCAGUUUGGUCUAAAAAUAAAGGAGGGCUGCCCUCCGGGCCCCUCCCCUGGAUCCGCGACUGAUGUGGGCAAGUUGAAGGGGUAGGAUUAGGGAAGGAACCAGGCCCCCUUUGGCCCUGUUUUAUUUUCAGUGGAAACUGCUCCCCCCCCCCCCUCACCCCCUUUGACCUGAUCGCAGUUUACUCUCACCUCUGUAUUCCUCUGCUUUCGAAAUCAAAGAUGGCGGCAACUGUGCUCGUUUCAAAACUAGCUCGUUCCUAGUCGCUCGCGAUCACUUUUUGGAGGAUAUUUGAGUUAGGCGAAAGGAGUACUUGUGCUCUGCGCUUGUUUCAAUUAUCCGCUCUUGUAAAGCUGGCCUCGUCUGUAUCUGGGUAGAAUGUAAGUGACCACCCAACGCAUGGUCUUAUCUCUGUGUUCGCUGUGUGUACAAUGUUACACAGGUAUCGUUACGUUAACUUAGAAAUUGCAUGCAAUAAAUUCUUUUCCUUUGUCUGGAACCUUCUCUGAAGGGAUCAAGAGCUUCCCUGUAGUUAAAUUCUCGUCAGCAACCACUGACUCUUUUUUAGGUGGGGCCGCUUUUUGGAUGCUUGACUGCGUAUUGUUCUUCUUGUAGCGAGGUUUAUGGAGAGGCUCAAGUCCUUGAAGUUCAACUUGCCUACAACUUCAGGAAACUCAAAGAUGCUCAAAGGAAGGUGAUUGCAGCGCAGAUGGGCCGUCAUCACUGUGAAGAGCUGCUUCAAAAGACGGGAGAACGUCCUUUGACCACCAUCAGCACAAACAAGGUGUCGCCAUGCCAGUGCUGUGGCGCCAGUCAUGUUGACGGAAUAGAAUAUUUCACUGAAGAGGAGGAAGAUGGAAAAAUGGAGGUGGAUCAACAGCGACAGAAGCUGAAGAGUUUGGGGAUGGCUUUUGUGACAUUUGAAAACGCAAAAGUUGUUCAAAGGUGAGAAGAAUUUUUUUCACUUCGGGAAAUCGUUUCCGCCCUACCCUACCCCUUGAGGAGCUUUUUCUUGUCUUGGUGCAUGCUUUAUAUCGUGGCUUAUCAUUCACCUCAGCUUUUUCAGACUUUUUCGUAUGUAGAUACCCCCUUUUGUUUGUAGCAAAUCCUCUAAGUGCCUCAAACGGAGCGUGAAAUUUGAUCUUUUCGUUUCGCUUUUUAUCGUACUGUUUUGUCUUUUUUCGAUUGCUGCGGUUGUUUGUACCCUUUCUCAAGUAUUUUAUUCCAGCAUCUGGUUUUCCCGUUGUUUAGCCCACUUUGUGAAUUAAAAAGAAUAUUUAAAAAUGUUAAAAGUAGUAGGCCUAAUUCAUUAACGGUAAAACGCAACACACAGACGAGUGUUUGCACUUGAUGGAAACACUGACUGCGAGCCUAGUCGUGGCGUCAAAAAGUCUCCCUAUUUUUGCGUUAAUAAAUGGAGCUAAAAACUCGUCCGUGUUUUAUUAUACUCACUAUAAAUGAGGUCUUAAUAAAACCUCAUUAAAAAUUAACGAAAAUAAUGAGCAAACUCAUCUGGAAAAGGCCUUUCAGCUUAAGUGGUAGAAAAGAAAACGUUUUAAAUUAACAAGACGCAUGUAAGCAGUCACGUAUUUUUCAAGUGUUUUGAUCUCAGGCUCCCGAUUUCUGUGCAAUUAAGUUUAGCUUCCCGUCUCUUUUCCCGUGACUAUGAACUCGUUUUAAUAGGUCAUUACCUUUUUUUCAUCAAGAAUUGGAGAGAAUAUUGCCUGUUAACUAUAAGUAGAUCAUUUUUUCGGAAAGUAGGAGUUGUAAUUUAAGUCUAUCUGGCAUACAGUACCAAAAGUUUCAAGAUUUGAAGUUUCUUUUUCUUGUUUCCAUACAAACUAUACCGUAGCGUAUUCAACGCUCUAGAAAGAAACUAUAUAUCAAAACACGUACCCUACGAGCAGAUUGUUCUCCUUUGCAUGGCUUUUAGCGUUAACGAAGUCGUUUGCAUCCGGCGCUUGUCUGUCGCGUACUUGGACGACUAAUUAGACACAUUAGAAAGUACCUUUCGUACAAGAGUGCACAAAGACUAAUCUUAGUACUGGUAAUUUACUGUAACGUUUACGAAGUCGUUCGCAUCGGGCGCUUAUCUGUCGCGUAGUUGGCAAGAGAGAAACAUCUGCUCGCAUGGUACAACAAAUGACGACAAACUGUGCAUUUUUACAUCUUAACGGUGGAGAUCCUUCUGCCAGACGCAAUUGGAGCAGUUUAACGGGCCUUUAACUGUUGUACUAAAACAAGAGAGAAUGAGAUCUCUCUUGACUAAAACGAGUACACUCUCCUUUAAAUUAUAUCUUUCUAUGAGAGUUCUUGCCCGAGACUGCCUUCGGAGUUCGUUUUCAACAUUUCAUUGUUUAGUAUCAUCACAAUAGGUCAAAAUCUCAUUCUGGAAAAUGCCGAAAAAAACAGCACCGUGCGAAAAUAAUAAUGAAGAAGUUUCAUUUGAAUGGUGACACCAUAGGAUUUCAUCCACAGACUCAAAAGUUAGAACCACCUUGUACAGCGUAAUAAACAGUACCACAGAAAAGUACUGCUCAGUAGCUUUCAUUUGAAUGGUAACACCAUAGGAUUUCAUCCACAGACUCAAAAGUUAGAACCACCUUGUACAGCGUAAUAAACAGUACCACAGAAAAGUACUGCUCAGUAGCUUUCAUUUGAAUGGUAACACCAUAGGAUUUCAUCCACAGACUCAAAAGUUAGAACCACCUUGUACAGCGUAAUAAACAGUACCACAGAAAAGUACUGCUGAGUAACUUUCAUUUUAUUGGAAUGGUUUACAUCGUAGGACUUGGUUGACAGACGUAAAUUAUACAUUUACACUCCAUGUCCCAAUAUUGACUGUAGAGAUGCCGAAUUACGACACUUACUUCAAAAUCGGAUGUAAUUCAUUGUCAAGUUCUGCAAAUAUCAAGUAAAGGCAGUCACGGUAUCAGAGUAAUACAGGUCACGUUUCACGUUUUUGUUCAGUGUAAAUUCGUUUUAAGGAGUAGCAUCGUUUUCUGCUGACAUUGACACUUCUCAACAACCCUACACUUUUUAAGCACAUAUUCUCUCCUCCCUUUAGUAGGCAUUAAAACGUUCUGAGUCUAAUGUAUUAAACCACGGUUAAGAUUCAGAGCAAACAUGGUUUGUCUUCUUUCUAUAUCGUUCUCUAACUAGACUUCUUGGUUUUUUAAGGACAUUGACUAUAGAUUAGAUUUGAUGGUAAUAGCAAUUUCUUAGCAUCAUCACUCAUCGUCACACUAUGGACUAUAAGCAAAGAAUUAACUUGCUAAAUACCGGAUGCAAGUUGAAUUUCUUUAUCGCCCUUUUUCCAUCUCGUUCAAUUCGUCAAAUGUUGGCAAAUUUUUCAUUUGGAGUUGAAUUCUAAAGGACAGUAUCGCGGAAGUCCAGGAAAAGACACAGAAAGUGGAUGUCUCGUGUUUACGUCCUCCUCAAAGCGUAAAAUUGGGCACUCUGACGUGCAGUCGAGCAACGAAGGCAAAGAAAUGAAGAAAAAAAGCGUUAAGCACGUGUAAUUUUGUCGUUGUUUUGUCAAUCUAAACCUAUUGCUUUUUUGCCGUACUCGUUGGUCAAGCUCCUUAAUGUGCUUUAUGCGUCGCCUACUUCAGUUUUCAUUCGGUGGAUGAAAUAGCUGCUUCGUUGUUUUGACAAUCGCUUCUCUUAGUUCUCGGAGCCGCCAACAAUACAGAAACGGAUUAAUGGCAGAGUUCAUGAACGUUAAAGUUGAGGAAAAUGUCCAUUCGCGAUUCCAUGUUACGUGCAAUGUUCCGAACAGAGUCAGUAAAACAAAGGCUGGAAAAUAACAAAAUAGCAUACAAAUGUAAAAUAUAAACGUACUCAUUGCGCUUUUCUUGACCCGUGACAAUUGCAUUUUGUUUCCAGCGUUUUCAUUUUCCACAGCGUUAUGCUGAAUGUUUAUCUGUUGCUGGUGAACGCGAACAAUUCGAUAAAUUUUUGCGUAAGAAACUGUGCAAAUGAUAAUGCAAACAGCCGAAAAUAAACCUGCCAUUAGGUGAAAAACAUACUUUUCCCAAAGGUAAAACCCCAAAGACAGGAACAUGACCAACCAGAUUGCUCCUACGGUGUAUUUGACUCGUGUGUUGGUCACUAUGAUGGCGUACCGCAUGUGAUAGUGAAGAGCCAAAACGCGGUCCACACUGAUGGCUGUUAUUGUUCCAAGAGACACUCCAGUGACAAAAAACCCUAUCAUUGCUGACAGACGGUAUAAUAUAGGGUUUUGCGUUGUUAAGCUUGUGAUUUCGUCCGCAAUAAAAAGUGGUUGGGCUAGGAGACCAACGAGAAGAUCCGAAAACGCAAGGCUUGUCAGCAUGAUCAUUGAGGUUGAGUGUAUGGAAGGCGUUCUGAAGAUGGCGAGCAGGACCAGAGCAUUGCCUACGAUGGAUAUUAGUAUCAACGGAGCAUUAAGCACAGAGUUUAUGAUAACUAUAGUUUCCACUCUGCUGUGAUCCGAGCGGUUUCUUCCGUUAUCACUAAAAUUCAUGAUGUCUCUUCUUAAAAGAUCGUCAACGAUUUAUACACACCUUUGCGUUUGUGGCCGCGCUUAUAAACCACUCGUGAUAUGGUGUGGGAACUUGUUAACUGGGUGAAAGCUCGGUUUAAAAUACAUCCUGUUUGCCUAGAAAUCUUUGAAUUAUACCAAUUGUCAAUUUCGCUUUUCGAUCAAUUAACUAUUUCGGUUCUGCCUGGGGUAACUUUGUUUUAACACCUGCGGUUAUCAUUCUCAGAUCCUAGAUAUUCAUGCAAAUUGCAAGUUGAACCAGUAGUUUCGAGACUACGAUAUUAAUAGCAGAGUCUUUGUUUCCUUCAUCACUCGGGUAUUGUCAAAAAAUCGUGGCUGUUUUAAGAACUACGACAUUAUAUACAGCUAUCCACACGUUCUCUCAAGUCAAGUGACGUUAAACUGACUGUGCGUCGCAGUUCUUCAUGCAGACACGAUUUUGUGUCAACAGCAAAGUGAUGAAAUAGACAGAGUCAUUUCAAGGUCUCGAAGCUAGCCUAGAUGACCCGGUUUUUCAAUCUGUUUCCAUAAAAGUGCUGCGAAUUAAAGAAAGAUGCAAAUUUUUAAUUGGUAGCAUAAUGGGAAAAAAAAGGACACAAAGAAACAGUAACAAAACAAAAGGAAAACGAAAGAAAGUAAAAAGAUCAAAUGAACUUUUAAAUCACUUUUUUAGUGUCAAAACCACUAUCACCAUAUCUAGGCAAAUGAAAGUUGCUAAGUAGGAUUAAGUAAUUAUUUACACAACUCCAGACAUAUAAUUGUGAAUAAAUCUGAUAAAGUAGGCGAAGUAUUCACUACUUUAUUGUAUACCCUGAAUAUGCAUAAUACAAUGUAUAUGUUGUAGUUAAAUUUUUAAUCCAGGUAAUUUUUGUUUUUCGUUUGUUUUUUGGUAUGGUAAUGUAUGCUAAUGAAGUUGAAACAAAGGAAAAAUAAAAAUUACCUAGGAUAACAAAUUAACUACAACAUAUAUGUAAAUUCGAAUGUGGCCUUGCUUUCAACCAGAUUCCUAAUCCACUUUCUUGAAAGCAAGAGAAAUUAGUAGUUAACUUGUGAGAGCGCGAGAUAAAUCGUCAAACCGUGAGACUCGUGACAAGCUCAUUCGCAAUGAUAGGUAGAACCGACAUCGAAGGAUCAAAAAGCAACGUCGCUAUGAACUCUUGGCUGUCACAAGCCAUGUACGCUUAAUUCAAACAAGUUCGCAUUUUGACAUUGCGUUGUGAUGCGUUUUACGCUAAGGAAACGUUGGUCACUUUGAAGAAAAUCAAACAAAAGCAAAAUAUUUGUGCUCUUGUGCGUCCCGUUUUCGCAGCGCCAGUGGCAAAUAUUGGCUUAAGCAUUUUUUACGGCCAAAAAGGUCAUGUGACAGGGUCGAACCAACUGUGGGCAAACUGAAAACUUUCAAAGACAUUCCCCGAUUUCCGCAUCGUAAAACCGUACCUCGAUCACAAUUGCAAUCCCGAAUCUCGCCCCCCCCCCACUCCGUUUCAAACUAAAUUCCCGGAUCCCGUCCUUCAAAAAAGCCUUUUGUUUGUAGAAAAUCUUCUAAGUGCCUUAAACGGAUCGGGAAAUUUGAUCGUUUCGUCUCACUUUUUAUCGUACUGUUUUCUCUUUUUUUGUUUGCUGCGGUUGUUUGUACCCUUUCUUACGUGUUUUAUUCCAGCAUCUGUUUUUCCUGAUGUUUAGCCCAUUUUGUGAAUUAAAAAAAUAUAUUUUAAAAUGUUAGAAGUAGUAGGACUAAUUCAUUAACAGUAAAACACGACACACAGACGAGUGUUUUGCACUUGAUAAAAACACUAACAGCGAGCCUAGUCGUGGCCUCAAAAAGUUUCUCUAUGAUUUCCUUUCAGUUUUGGAUUAUUUUGCGUUAAGAAAUGGAGCUAAAAACUCAUUCGUGUUUUAUUAUACUCACUAUAAAUGAGAUCUUUUAAAACUAGUGAUGGGCUGAGAUUUUAUCAUCGAUCAUCGGAAAUAAUCGGAUUGACCCACCCGAUCGAUCAUUGAUUAUAAUCGGAAAAUCUAGUGAUAAAAAACUCAGUCGCCAUGUUUGUUGUGGACAACAUAAACGAGACAACGAAGAGUGGACCCUGGGAAGCAACUUGAGUUUCAAUUCGAUCUUUGCAAGCUGUUUAUAUCUGUGUUGCGUUUAUCUACUCUAAUUUGUAACCUUUCUGAUCGCAUUAAGUAGAUCUAAAAAUGUUCUUUACGGCCAGCUACUAAUUUAGAAUAAUUUCUAAGAGAAACAUCAAAAUGUGCAUGCAACACACAAUUUUUUUUAUGUUUUUAUUGGUCAUCAAUAUUUUUUUUUCAUUUGUCCGCGAUAAUCGAUUGUCAUCAUCCAUAAUCGAUUGUCGCGUCGCUUAAAGAUUUUCGAUCAAUGAUCGAUUAUAAUCGAUGAUCGGCACACCACUAUUUAAAACCUCAUUAAAAAUAGACAAAAGUAAAACGAAAUGGCCUUUCAGCUCAAGUGGCAAAAAAGACAACUUUUUAAAUUAUCAAGACGCAUGUAAGUAGUCACGUAUUUUUCAAGUUUUUUGAUUCAUUCAGGCUCCUGACUUCCUUCCAAGUUAGUUUAACUUCCCUCCUCUUUUCUCGUUACUAUGAACUCGUUUUAUUAGGUUCUUUACUGUUUUUCAUUAAGAAUUUGAGAGAAUAUUGCCUGUUAAUUAUAAGUAGAUCAUUUUUUCAGAAAGUAAGAGUUUUAAUUUAAGUCUAUCUGGCAUACUGUACAAAACUUUCAAGUUUUGAAGUUUUUUUUUCUUCUUUCCAUACAAUCUAUGCCGAAGCGCAUUCAACGCGCUAGAAAAAAACUGUUUAUCAAAACACGAACCCUGCGAGCAGAUUGUUCUCCUUUGCAUGGCUUUUAACGUUUACGAAGUCGUUCGCAUCCGGCGCUUGUCUGUCGCCUAGUUUGACGACUAAUUAGACGCAUUAGAAAGUACCUUUCGUACAAGAGUGCACAAAGACUAAUCUUAGCACCGGUAAUUGGACGCCUAGAUUACUGUAACAGUCUGCUGUACGGCUUACCAGCCAGUUACAUUAACAAAUUGCAACGGGAUCAAAACACUGUCGCAAGGCUCAUCUCCAACAACCCUACACUUUUAAGCACAUAUUCUCUCCUCCCUUUAGCAGGCAUUAAAACGUUCUGAGUCUAAUGUAUUAAACCACGGUUAAGAUCCAGAGCAAACAUGGGUUGCCUUCUUUCUAUACCGUUCUCUAGCUAGACUUCUUGGUUUUCUAGGACAUUAACUAUAGAUUAGAUUUGAUGGUAAUAGUAAUUUCUUAGCAUCUUCACUCAUCGUCACACUAUGGACUAUAAGCAAAGAAUUAACUUGCUAAAUACCGGAUGCAAGUUGAAUUUCUUUAUCGCCCUUAUUCCAUCUCGUUCAAUUCGUGAAAUGUUGGCAAAUUUUUCAUUUGAAGUUGAAUUCUAAAGGACAGUAUCGCGGAAGUCCAGGAAAAGACACAGAAAGUGGAUGUCUCGUGUUUACGUCCUCCUCAAAGCGUAAAAUUGGGCACUUUGACGUCGUAGUCAUACAACGAAGGCAAAGAAAUGAAGAAAAAAAGCGUUAUGCACGUGCGUUAUGUCGUUGUUUUGUCAAUCUAAACCUAUUGCUUUUUUUGCCGUACUCGUUGGUUAAGCUCCUUAAUGUGCUUUAUGCGACGCCUACUUCAGUUUUCAUUCGGUGGAUGAAACAGCUGCUUCGUUGUUUUGACAAUCGCUUCUCUAAGUUCUCGGAGGCGCCAACAAUACAGAAAAGGAUUAAUGGCAGAGUUCAUGAACGUUAAAGUUGAGGAAAACCUCCAUUCGGGUUUCCAUGCUACGUGCGAUGUUCCGAACAGAGUCAUUAAAACAAAAACUGGAAAAUAACACAGGAGGAUACAAAUGUAAAGUACAAACGUACUCAUUGCGCUUUUCUUGACUCGCGACAGGUGCAUUUUGCUUUCAGCGUUUUUAUUUUCCACAGCGUUAUGCUGAAUGUUUAUCAGUUGCUGGUGAACGCGAACAAUUCGGUAAAUUUUUGCAUAAGAAGCUGUGCAAAUGAUAAUGCAAACAGCCGAAAAUACACCUGCCAUUAAGUAAAAAACAUGCUUGUUCCAAAGGUAAAACCCUAAACAUAGGAACACGGCCAACCAGAUUGCUCCAACGGUGUAUUUGACUCGUGUGUUGGUCACUAUGAUGGCGUAUCGCAUGUGAUAGUGAAGCGCCAAAACGCGGUCCACACUGAUGGUUGUUAUUGUUCCAAGAGACACUCCAGUGACAAAAAACCCUAUCAUUGCUGACAGACGGUAUAAUAUAGGGUUUUGCGUUGUUAAGCGUGUGAUUUCGUCCGCAAUAAAAAGUGGUUGGGCUAGGAGACCAACGAGAAGAUCCGAAAACGCAAGGCUUGUCAGCAUAAUCAUUGAGGUUGAGUGUAUGGAAGGCGUUCUGAAGAUGGCGAGCAGGACCAGAGCAUUGCCUACGAUGGAUAUUAGUAUCAACGGAGCAUUAAGCACAGAGUUUAUGAUAACUAUAGUUUUCGCUCCGCUGUUAUCGGAACUGUUUCUUUCGUUAUCUCUAAAAUUCAUGAUGCCUCUCCGUAAAAGAUCGUCAACAAUUUAUACACACCUUUGCGUUUGUGGCCCCGCUUAUAAACCACUCGUGAUAUGGUGUGGGAACUUAUUAACGGGAUGAAAGCUUGGUUUAAACUGAUGCAUCCUGUCUGCGUAGAAAUUAUUGAAUUAUACCAACUGCCAAUCAUGUUCGCUUUGCGAUCAAAUACCUGUUUCAGUUCUGCCUGGGGUAACUUUGUUUCAACACCUGCGGUUAUAAUUUCUCAGAUCGUAUGUUCUUAUGCAAAUUGCAAGUUGAACCACUAGUCUCGAGACUUCGAUAUAAAUAGCGGAGCCUUUGUUUCCUUGAUCACUCGGGUGUUGUCUAAAAAUCGCGCCUGUAUCAUCAUAGGCGUACGGGAACUUUUUGGCCAGGGGGGGCGGUAAACCAUUUGCCCAAAAAAAUCUCGCAAGUUGCCCAAAUGUUUACGAAAGAGUCGAAAAGAAAUGAGGGCCAUAUUGCAACAACAUAGGCCGUCCUGGCAUAUGAAGGUGGCUCGAUACGGUUUUUCAGGGUCAAUACCAAGUCUGAGCAUAAACUACGUCGCCAUAAACAAACAUUUGGAAAAAGUGCGACCACAGUUGUAUUAAGAUGAAAAAUGGGCAUCAUCAGGGUUGCAAUGACAUCGGAGUUGUCAUAACAACGAAAUGACGCCCCCCCAUUACCUGUUUUACUUUAGCAGUGAUUCCCGACACGAAAUGCUUUUGACCUGCAAUCUCACCUCAUAGUAGUUUUAAUCUUUUUAAAAACAUGUGUGAAAGAUCGUGGAGAUAGCUCUGCUUGAUUGUUAGAAUCGAAAGAAAAAUUUGAUUAGUAUGUAUCAAGACACUCUUGUUAGCGGUUUUGUAAACAUUUCGGUCUACUUUAACAAAUUAGCGAAUAAUUUUAAACCGCUCGAUAGAUUUUUUAAAAACUGGCUUUGCCCAAAUUUCUCUCGCUGCCCAAAAAAUCUGAGUUGCCCAAAAUUUGGGGGGGCUGUAGCCCCCCUCGCCCCCCCGGCCCGUACGCCUAUGUGUAUCAUGAACUGCGACAUUGUAUUGAUUGUAUACAGCUAACCACACUGUUUCUCAAGUCAGGUGACGUUAAACUGAUGUCAUCACGUCGCAGUUCUUCAUGCAGGCACGAUUUUAUGACAAUAGCAAAGCAAAGAAAUAAACAGUCAUUUCUACGUCUCGAAACUCGCCCAGACGACGCCGGUUUUAAAUUUGUUUCACUAAAAGUGCUGCAAUUUAAAGUUAAAGAAAGAUGCAAAUUUUUAAUUGGUAGCAUAUUGAAAAAAAAAAAAAACCACUACUUAACAGAAACAAAUCAAAACCAAAACCAAAGAAGGUAAAAAAAUCAAAUGAACUUUUAAAUCACUUUUUUAGUGUCAAAACCACUGUUACCAUAUCUAGACAAAUGAAAGUUGCUAAGUAGGAUUAAAUAACUAUUUACGCAACUGAGGACACGUAAUUGUGAAUAAAGCUGAUAAAGUAGGCGAAGUAUCCACUACUUUGUUGUAUACCCUGAAUAUGCACAAUACAGUGUAUAUGUAAAGUCAGAUGUGGCCUUGCUUUAAAACAGAUUCCUAAUCCACUUUCUUGAAAGCAUGAGAGAUUAGUUGUUAACUUGUGAGAGUGUGAGAUAGGUCGUUACUCGCGACAAAGUCGUGAGCAUUGGUAAGUCUGAAAUAGGCCAUUUAUUCUGCUUCGCACUAGGAAGAACCGACAUCGAAGGAUCAAAAAGCAACGUCGCUGUGAACUCUUGGCCGUCACAAGCCAUGUAUGCUUAAUUCAAACAAGUUCGUAUUUUUACUUUGCGUUAUGAUGCAUUUGACGCUAAGGAAACGUUUUUCACUUUGAAGAAGAUCAAACAAAAACAAAAUAUUUGCGCUCUUUUGCGUCCUGUUCUGUUUUGAUUGUUUUAUUUAUGCACUUGCCACCGAUAUUUCCCCUGAUCCCCGUCUCGACCCGUAAUCCCGAUGAUGAAUUCUUAUCAGCUUAUUUUGGUACCAAAAGUGCCUCGCAGAGGAUCAAGACUCCCUCAUCUUCGGAGCACCAGUGGCAAAUAUUGGGAUAAAUACUUGUUAUGGCCAAAAAGGUCAUGAGACAGGGUCGAACCAACUGUGGGCAAACUAUGAAACGUUAAAAAGACUUUCCCCGAUUUCCGCAUCCUAAAACCGUACCUCGAUCAAAAUUUCAAUGCCGAAUCGCGCCUCCGCGCCUCCGCGCCUCCUCACCCCCCUCCCUUUGACGCUAAAUUCCCGAAUCCGGUCCUUCAAAUAAGCCUUUUGUUUGUAGAAAAUCCUCUUAGUGCCUUAAACGGAGCGUGGAAUUUGAUCGUUUCGUUUCACUUUUUAUCGUACUGUUUUGUCUUUUUUUGUUUGUUGCCUUCGUUUGUGCCCUUUCUCAUGUGUUUUAUUCCAGCCCACUUUGUGAAUUAAAAAAAUAUUUUAAAAUGUUAAAAGUAGUAGGACUAAUUCAUUAACGGUAAAACAUAACCCACAGACGAGUGUUUUGCACUUGAUAAAAACACUAACAGCGAGCCUAGUCGUGGCCUCAAAAAGUUUCCCUAUAAUUUCCUUUCAGUUUUAGAUUGUUUUUGCGUUUCGAAAUGGAGCUAAAAACUCAUCCGUGUUUUAUUAUACUCACUAUAAAUGAGAUCUUUUAAAACUAGUGAUGGGCUGAGAUUUUAUCAUCGAUCAUCGGAAAUAAUCGGAUUGACCCACCCGAUCGAUCAUCGAUUAUAAUCGGAAAAUCUAGUGAUAAAAAAACUCAGUCGCCAUGUUUGUUGUGGACAACAUAAACGAGACAACGAAGAGUGGACCCUGGGAACCAACUUGAGUUUCACUUCGAUAUUUGCAAGCUGUUUAUAUCUGUUUUGCUUUCAUCUCCCCUUGUAACCUUUCUGAUUGCAGUAAGUAGAUCUAAAAAUGUUCUUUACUGCCAGCUACUAAUUUAGAAUAAUUUCUAAGAGAACCAUCAAAAUGUGCAUUAAAAUGUGCAUGCAACACACAGUAUUUUUUGUGUUUUUAUUUGUCAUCAAUAAUUUUUUUUCAUUUGUCCGCGAUAAUCGAUUGUCAUCAUCCAUAAUCGAUUGUCGCGUCGCUUAAAGAUUUUCGAUCAAUGAUCGAUUAUAAUCGAUGAUCGGCACACCACUAUUUAAAACCUCAUUAAAAAUAGACAAAAGUAAAACGAAAUGGCCUUUCAGCUCAAGUGGCAAAAAAGACAACUUUUUAAAUUAUCACGACGCAUGUAAGCAGUCACUUAUUUUCAAGUGUUUUUUUUUUUUAUUUCAGGCUCCUGAUUUCCCUUCAGUUUAGUUUAACUUCCCUCCUCCUUUCUCGUUACUUUUAAUUCGUUUUAUUAGGUUUACUGUUUUUCAUUAAGAAUUGGAGAGAAUAUUGCCAGUUAAUUAUAAGUGGAUCAUUUUUUCAUAAAGCAGGAGUUGUAAUUUAAGUCUAUCUGGCAUACAGUACAAAACUUUCAAAUUUUGAAGUUUUUUUUUCUUCUUUCCAUACAAACUAUGCCGAGGCGUAUUCAACGCGCUAGAAAGAAACUAAAUAUCAGAACAUGUACCCUUCGAGCAGAUUGUUCUCCUUUGCAUGGCUUUUAACGUUUACGAAGUCGUUCGUAUCCGGCGCUUAUCUUUCGCGUAGUUGACAAGAGAGAAACAUCUGCUCGCAGGAUACAACAAAUCGCUGGGUGGGGAGUUGGAACCCUUAACUUUUACCAGAGCUAGUUCAGCUGAAACCCAUACUGCUAGCUGUGUACCUAGGCUAGAUAAAAUCUUCAACCAACUGAACUGAAAAAUGAUUCGAGCCAAACGGUCUGUAUCCUAGAGUAAACUGUUUGAAAACCAUACCCUUCACAGCGGCACAUACCUAUAUAGCCCAUAUAUGGCAGUACCCCCCCGGGAACAAAUGACGACAAAGUGUACAUUUUUACAUCUUGACCGUAGAGAUCCUUCGGCCAGACGCAAUUGGAGCAGUUUAACGGGCCUUUAACUAUUGUACUAAAACAAGAGUGAAUGAGAUCUCUCUUGACAAAAACAAGUAUUCUCUCCUUUAAAUUAUAUCUUUUUAUGAGAGUUCUUGCCCGAGACUGCCUUCGGAGUUCGUUUUCAACAUUUCAUUCUUUAGUAUCAUCACAAUAGGUCUAAAUCUCAUUAUGGAAAAUGCCGAAAAAAAACAGCACCGUGCGAAAAUAAUAAUCAAGUUUCAUUUGAAUGGUCACACCAUAGGAUUUCGUUCACGUAGAGAAUAGUUAGAACCACCUUGUAUGAUAUAAUAAACAGUACCACAGGAAAGAACUGCUCAGUAGCUUUCAUUUGAAUGGUAACACCAUAGAAUUUCAUCCACAGACUCAAAAGUUAGAACCACCUUGUACAGCAUAAUAAACAAUACCACAGGAAAGUACUGAUCAGAAGCUUUCAUUUGAAUGGUUACAUCGUAGGACUUGGUUAACAGACACAAUUUAUACAUUUACACUCCAUGUCCCAGUAUUGACCUGUAGAGGUGCCGGAUUACGACACGUACUUCAAAAUCAGAUAUAAUACAUUGUCAAGUUCUACAAAUAUGAGAAAUGUGAUAUUAAGUAAAGGCAGUCACGGUAUCUGAGUAAUACGGGUCAAGUUUCACGUUUUUGUGUAGUGUAAAUUCGUUUUAAGGAGUAGCAUCGUUUUCUUCUGACAUUGACACGUCUCAAAAGCCUUACCCUUUUAAGCAAAUAUUCUAUCCUCUUUUUAGCAGACAUUAAGACGUUCUGAGUCUAAUGUACACUGAAGCACGUUUAAGAUCCAGAGCAAACAUGGGUUGUCUUCCAUACCGUUCUCUAAGUAGACUUCUUGGUUUUUAGGACACUGACUACAGCCGGAUUAAAUUUGAUGUAAUAGCACUGAAUUUCUUAGCAUCAUCACUCAUCGUCAUACUAUACAAGCAAAGAGUUUUCCUGCUAAAAACCGGUUGCAAGGUGAAUUUCUUUCGAAAUAUCCUUUUUGACACUAUCCUGUCCCAAAUACUUUAUAUGAAUUUACAUCAUGAGAGAGCUUAAGGAACAAUGACGGCGACGGCUACGAAAUUGCGCGCGAAUUUUGUAAAUUUACUUGCGUGCGUCUAACUCGCUUCCGAUUGGUUGAAAAACAAUCAGCUACUGUCAGAACUCACACAUGCGCAUUAUCGUGAACCAGUCCCUUUAAGGUGAUGUUACACGAGACGGUUUUAGCGCAACACAGAGUUGCAACAUUGUUGCAACAUUGGUGCGACAUUGUUUCGAAUGGUUACAACAUUGUUCCAACAUUGCAACGCUGUGUUGCGCUAAAAGUCGUCGUUGCGAAUAAUUGAAUUCGUCAAAUGUUGGCGAAUUUUUCAGUCGGAGUUGAAUUCUAAAGGACAGCAUCGAAGUCCAGGAAAAUGCAAAGAAAGUGGAUCUCUUGUGUUCACCUCCUUGUCAAAACGUAAAAUUAGGCACUUUGACGUCGCGGUCGUGCAACGACGGCAAAGAAAUGAACAAAAAAGCGUGAUGCACGUGCAAAGUUGUCGUUUUUUAAUCUAAACCUAUUGCUGUUUUUCCGUUCUCGUUGACGUCGCUGUCGUCAAAAGCUCCUUAAUAUGCUUUAUGCGACGCCUACUUUCAGUUUUCAUUCGGUGGGUGAAAUAGCUGCUUCGUUGUUUUGACAAUCGCUUCUCUAAGUUCUCGGAGCCGCCAACAAUACAGAAAAGGAUUAAUGGCAGAGUUCAUGAACGGUAAAGUUGAGGAAAAUGUCCAUUCGGGUUUCCAUGCUACGUGCAAUGUUCCGAACAGAGUCAGUAAAACAAACCCAGGAAAAUAACAAAGAAGCAUACAAAUGUAAAAUACAAACGUACUCAUUGCGCUUUUCUUGACCCGUGACAGUUGCAUUUUGUUUCCAUCGUUUUCAUUUUCCACAGCGUUAUGCUGAAUGUUUAUCAGUUGCUGGUGAACGCGAACAAUUCGAUAAAUUUUUGCGUAAGAAACUGUGCAAAUGAUAAUGCAAACAGCCGAAAAUACACCUGCCAUUAGGUGAAAAACAUACUUGUCCCAAAGGUAAAACCCGAAAGACAGGAACAUGACUAACCAGAUUGCUCCUACGGUGUAUUUGACUCGUGUGUUGGUCACUAUGAUGGCGUAUCGCAUGUGAUAGUGAAGAGCCAAAACGCGAUCCACACUGAUAGCUGUUAUUGUUCCAAUAGACACUCCAACGACAAAAAAGCCUAUCAUUGCUGAUAGACGGUAUAAUAUAGGGUUUUGCGUUGUUAAGCUUGUGAUUUCGUCCGCAAUAAAAAGUGGUUGGGCUAGGAGACCAACGAGAAGAUCCGAAAACGCAAGGCUUACCAGCAUGAUCAUUGAGGUUGAGUGUAUGGAGGGCGUUCUGAAGAUGGCGAGCAAGACCAGAGCAUUGCCUACGAUGGAUAUUAUUAUCAACGGAGCAUUAAGCACAGAGUUUGUGAUAACUAUAGUUUCCGUUCUGCUGUGAUCCGAAUUGUUUCUUCCUUUAUCACUCAAAUUCAUGAUGUCUCUCCUUAAAAGAUCGUUAACGAUUUGUAUACACGUUUGCGUUUGUGGCCCCGCUUAUAAACCACUCGUGAUAUGGUGUGGGAACUUAUUAACGGGAUGAAAGCUCGGUUUAAAAUGCAUCCUGUCUGCCUAGAAAUUAUUAUACCAAUUGUCAAUUUCGCUUUUCGAUCAAAUAACUAUUUCAGUUCUGCCUGGGAUAACUUUGUUUCAACACCUGCGGUUAUAAUUAAUUUUCUCAGAUCCUACAUAUUCAUGCAAAUUGCAAGUUGAACCACUAGUUUCGAUACUUCCAUAUAAAUAGCGGAGUCUUUGUUUCCUUCAUCACUCGGCUGUUGUCAAAAUAUCGCGCUUGUAUCAUGAACUGCGACAUUGUACUGAUUGUAUACAGCUAACCACACUGUUUCUCAAGUCAGGUGACGUUAAACUGAUGACUUCACGUCGCAGUUCUUCAUGCAGACACGAUUUUAUGACAAUAGCAAAGUAAAGGAAUAAACAGUCAUUUCUACGUCUCGAAACUAACCCCGAUGACGCGGUUUUUAAAUUUGUUUCACUAAAAGUGCUGCAAUUUAAAAUUAAAGAAAGAUGCAAAUUUUUAAUUGGUAGCAUGAUGGAAAAAAAAACACUAGCAAACAGAAACAAAACAAAACCAAAACCAAAGAAGGUAAAAAGAUCAAAUGAACUUUUAAAUCACUUUUUAGCGUCAAAACCAAUGUUACCAUAUCUAGACAAAUGAAAGUUGCUAAGUAGGAUUAAAUAACUAUUUACACAACUCAGGACACAUAAUUGUGAAUAAAGUUGACAAAGUAGGCGAAGUAUUCACUACUUUAUUGUAUACCCUGAAUAUGCAUAAUACAGUGUAUAUGUAAACUCAGAUGUAGAAUUGCUUUAAAACAGAUUCCUAAUCCACUUUCUUGAAAGCGUGAGAGAUUAGUUGUCAACUCGGAGAGUUUAAGAUAGGUCGUUACUCGUGACAAAGUCGUGAGACUUGGUAAGUCUAAAAGUAGGCCAUUUAUUCUGCUUCGCAAUAGGAAGAACCGACAUCGAAGGAUCAAAAAGCAACGUCGCUGUGAACUCUUGGCCGUCACAAGCCAUGUAUGCUUAAUUCAAACAAGUUCGUAUUUUUACUUUGCGUUAUGAUGCGUUUGACGCUAAGGAAAUGUUUUUCACUUUGAAGAAAAUCAAACAAAAACAAAAUAUUUGCGCUCUUUUGCGUCCUUUUCCUUUUUGAUUGUUAUAUUUAUGCACUUGCCACCGAUAUUUUCCCUGACUCCCGUCUCGACCCGUAAUCCCGAUGAUGAAUUCUUAUCAGCUUAUUUUGGUACCAAAAGUGCCUCGCAGAGGAUCAAGACUCCCUCAUCUUCGGAGCACCAGUGGCAAAUAUUGGGAUAAAUACUUGUUAUGGCCAAAAAGGUCAUGAGACAGGGUCGAACCAACUGUGGGCAAACUAUGAAACGUUAAAAAGACUUUCCCCGACUUCCGCAUCCUAAAACCGUACCCGAAUCCCGAAUCGCCCCCCACCCCCUCCCUUUGACGCUAAAUUCCCGGAUCCCGUCCUUCAAAUAAGCCUUUUGUUUGUAGAAAAUCGUCUAAGUACCCUAAACGGAGCGUGGAAUUUGAUCGUUUCGUUUCACUUCAUUUUAUCGUUCUGCUUUGUCUUUUUCUGUUUUUCUGCGGUUGUUUGUGCCCUUUCUCACGUGUUUUAUUGCAGCAUCUGAUUUUCCUGAUGUUUAGCCCACUUUGUGAAUUAAAAAAAUAUAUUUUAAAAUGUUAAAAGUAGUGGGACUAAUUCAUUAACAGUAUAACACGACACACAGACGAGUGUUUUGCAGUUGAUAAAAACACUAACAGCGAGCCCAGUCGUGACCUCAAAAAGUUUCCCUAUAAUUUCCUUUCAGUUUUGGAUUAUUUUGCGUUAAGAAAUGGAGCUAAAAACUCGUCCGUGUUUUAUUAUACUCACUAUAUAUGAGAUCUUUCAAAACUAGUGAUGGGCUGAGAUUUUAUCAUCGAUCAUCGGAAAUAAUCGGAUUGACCCACCCGAUCGAUCAUCGAUUAUAAUCGGAAAAUCUAUUGAUAAAAAAUUCAGCCGCCAUGUUUGUUGUGGACAACAUGAAAACGAGACAACGAAGAGUGGACCCUGGGAACCAACUUGAGUUUCACUUCGAUAUUUGCAAGCUGUUUAUAUUUGUUUUGCUUUCAUCUCCCCUUGUAACCUUUCUGAUCGCAGUAAGUAGAUCUAAAAAUGUUCUUUACGGCCAGCUACUAAUUUAGAAUAAUUUCUAAGAGAACCAUCAAAAUGUGCAUUAAAAUGUGCAUGCAACACACAGUAUUUUUUAUGUUUUUAUUGGUCAUCAAUAAUUUUUUUCAUUUGUCCGCGAUAAUCGAUUGUCAUCACCUAUAAUCGAUUGUCGCGUCGCUUAAAGAUUUUCGAUCAAUGAUCGAUUAUAAUCGAUGAUCGGCACACCACUAUUUAAAACCUCAUUAAAAAUAGACGAAAGUAAAACGAAAUGGCCUUUCAGCUCAAGUGGCAAAAAAGACAACUUUUUAAAUUAUCAAGACGCAUGUAAGCAGUCACUUAUUUUCAAGUUUUUUUUUUAUUUCAGGCUCCUGAUUUCCCUUCAAUUUAGUUUAACUUCCCUCCUCCUUUCUCGUUACUUUUAACUCGUUUUAUUAGGUUUACUGUUUUUCAUUAAGAAUUGGAGAGAAUAUUGCCAGUUAAUUAUAAGUAGAUCAUUCUUUCAUAAAGCAGGAGUUGUAAUUUAAGUCUAUCUGGCAUACAGUACAAAACUUUCAAAUUUUGAACUUUUUUUUUCUUCUUUCCAUACAAACUAUGCCGAGGCGUAUUCAACGCGCUAGAAAGAAAUUAUAUAUCAGAACAUGUACCCUUCGAGCAGAUUGUUCUCCUUUGCAUGGCUUUUAACGUUUACGAAGUCGUUCGUAUCCGGCGCUUAUCUGUCGCGUAGUUGGCAAGAGAGAAGCAUCUGCUCACAGGAUACAACAAAUGACGACAAAGUGUACUUUUUUACAUCUUGACCGUAGAGAUCCUUCGGCCAGACGCAAUUGGAGCAGUUUAACGGGCCUUUAACUAUUGUACUAAAACAAGAGAGAAUGAGAUCUCUCUUGACUAAAAGAAGUACUCUCUCCUUUAAAUUAUAUCUUUUUAUGAGAGUUCUUGCCCGAGACUGCCUUCGGAGUUCGUUUUCAACAUUUCGUUCUUUAGUAUCAUCACAAUAGGUCUAAAUCUCAUUAUGGAAAAUGCCGAAAAAAAAAACAGCACCGUGCGAAAAUAAUAAUGAAGUUUCAUUUGAAUGAACACACCAUAGGAUUUCGUUCACAUAGAGAAUAGUUAGAACCACCUUGUAUGUAUAUAAUAAACAGUACCACAGGAAAGAACUGCUCAGUAGCUUUCAUUUGAAUGGUAACACCAUAGAAUUUCAUCUACAGACUCAAAGGUUAGAACCACCUUGUACAGCAUAAUAAACAAUACCACAGGAAAGUACUGAUCAGUAGCUUUCAUUUGAAUGGUUACAUCGUAGGACUUGGUUAACAGACACAAUUUAUACAUUUACACUCCAUGUCCCAAUAUUGACCUGUAGAGGUGCCGGAUUACGACACCUACUUCAAAAUCAGAUAUAAAUCAAUUGUACUAAUAUUGACUGUAGAGGUGCCGGAUUACGACACGUACUUCAAAAUCAGUUCUCAAACUUAUUAAUAAUUCAUUAAGAAAAUACAAAGGAAAUUAAUGUUUAAUGAGUGUUUAGAAAUCGGAUGAAACACUGCUUAGUAUUUGCAUCGUUAAUUUCUCCUUCAAUAAUGAUUUUGUUUGAGAAGAAAUAUCAAACAUUCGACACAGUGUUUCAUCACCAGAUGAAACACCUCGAAGUUCGUCAAAAAUACUCCGCUGCGCGUCGUAUUUUCAACUCUCUUCUCGGUGUUUCAUCUGGUGAUGAAACACUGCAUCUCAUGUUUGAUAUAUUACAUAUAAUACAUCGUCAAGUUCUACAAAUAUGAGAAAUGUGAUAUUAAGUAAAGGCAGUCACGGUAUCUGAGUAAUACAGGUCACGUUUCACGUUUUUGUUUAGUGUAAAUUCGUUUUUUAAAAGGACCAGCAUCGUGUUCUGCUGACAUUGACACUUCUCAAGAACCUUACCCUUUUAAGCAAAUAUUCUUUUCUCGCUUUAACAGACAUUAAGACGUGCUGAGUCUAAUGUAUAUUAAAGCACGUUUAAGAUCCAGAGCAUGGGUUGUCUUCCAUACCGUUCUCUAAGUAGACUUCUUGAUUUUUUAGGACACUGACUAUAGCCGGAUUAAAUUUGAUGUAAUAGCACUGAAUUUCUUAGCAUCAUCACUCAUCGUCAUACUAUACAAGCAAAGAGUUUUCUUGCUAAAAACCGGAUGCAAGUUGAAUUUCUUUCGAAAUAUCCUUUUUGACACUAUCCUGUCCCAAAUACUUUAUAUGAAUUUACAUCAUUAGAGACCUUAAGCAGCAAUGACGGCGACGGCUACGAAAUUGCGCGCGAAUUUUGUAAAUUUACUUGCGUGCAUCUAACUCGCUUCCGAUUGGUUGAAAAACAAUCAGCUACUGUCAGAACUCACACAUGCGCAUUAUCGUGAACCAGUCCCUUUAAGGUGAUGUUACACGAGACGAUUUUAGCGCAACACAGAGUUGCAACAUUGUUGCAACAUUGUUGCAACAUUGGUGCGACAUUGUUUCGAAUGGUUACAACAUUGUUCCAACAUUGCAACGCUGUGUUGCGCUAAAAGUCGUCGUUGCGAAUAAUUGAAUUCGUCAAAUGUUGGCGAAUUUUUCAGUCGGAGUUGAAUUCUAAAUGACUGUAUCGAAGUCCAGGAAAAUGCAAAGAAAGUGGAUCUCUUGUGUUCACCUCCUUGUCAAAACGUAAAAUUAGGUACUUUGACGUCGCGGUCGUGCAACGACGGCAAAGAAAUGAACAAAAAAGCGUGAUGCACGUGCAAAGUUGUCCUUUUUUAAUCUAAACCUAUUGCUUUUUUGCCGUACUUGUUGGUUAAGCUCCUUAAUAUGCUUUAUGCGUCGCCUACUUCAGUUUUCAUUCGGUCGGUGAAAUAGCUGCUUCGUUGUUUUGACAAUCGCUUCUCUAAGUUGUCGGAGCCGCCAACAAUACAGAAAAGGAUUAAUGGCAGAGUUCAUGAACGUUAAAGUUGAGGAAAAUGUCCAUUCGGGUUUCCAUGCUACGUGCAAUGUUCCGAACAGAGUCAGUAAAACAAACCCAGGAAAAUAACAAAGAAGCAUACAAAUGUAAAAUACAAACGUACUCAUUGCGCUUUUCUUGACCCGUGACAGUUGCAUUUUGUUUCCAUCGUUUUCAUUUUCCACAGCGUUAUGCUGAAUGUUUAUCUGUUGCUGGUGAACGCGAACAAUUCGAUAAAUUUUUGCGUAAGAAACUGUGCAAAUGAUAAUGCAAACAGCCGAAAAUACACCUGCUAUUAGGUGAAAAACAUACUUGUCGCAAAGGUAAAACCCCAAAGACAGGAACAUGACUAACCAGAUUGCUCCUACGGUGUAUUUGACUCGUGUGUUGGUCACUAUGAUGGCGUAUCGCAUGUGAUAGUGAAGAGCCAAAACGCGAUCCACACUGAUAGCUGUUAUUGUUCCAAUAGACACUCCAACGACAAAAAAGCCUAUCAUUGCUGAUAGACGGUAUAAUAUAGGGUUUUGCGUUGUUAAGCUUGUGAUUUCGUCCGCAAUAAAAAGUGGUUGGGCUAGGAGACCAACGAGAAGAUCCGAAAACGCAAGGCUUGCCAGCAUGAUCAUUGAGGUUGAGUGUAUGGAGGGCGUUCUGAAGAUGGCGAGCAAGACCAGAGCAUUGCCUACGAUGGAUAUUAUUAUCAACGGAGCAUUAAGCACAGAGUUUGUGAUAACUAUAAUUUCCGUUCUGCUGUGAUCCGAAUUGUUUCUUCCUUUAUCACUCAAAUUCAUGAUGUCUCUCCUUAAAAGAUCGUUAACGAUUUGUAUACACCUUUGCGUUUGUGGCCCCACUUAUAAACCACUCGUGAUAUGGUGUGGGAACUUAUUAACGGGAUGAAAGCUCGGUUUAAAAUGCAUCCUGUCUGCCUAGAAAUUAUUAUACCAAUUGUCAAUUUCGCUUUUCGAUCAAAUAACUAUUUCAGUUCUGCCUGGGAUAACUUUGUUUCAACACCUGCGGUUAUAAUUAAUUUUCUCAGAUCCUACAUAUUCAUGCAAAUUGCAAGUUGAACCACUAGUUUCGAUACUUCCAUAUAAAUAGCGGAGUCUUUGUUUCCUUCAUCACUCGGCUGUUGUCAAAAAAUCGCGCUUGUAUCAUGAACUGCGACAUUGUACUGAUUGUAUACAGCUAACCACACUGUUUCUCAAGUCAGGUGACGUUAAACUGAUGACUUCACGUCGCAGUUCUUCAUGCAGACACGAUUUUAUGACAAUAGCAAAGUAAAGAAAUAAACAGUCAUUUCUACGUCUCGAAACUAACCCCGAUGACGCGGUUUUUAAAUUUGUUUCACUAAAAGAGCUGCAAUUUAAAAUUAAAGAAAGAUGCAAAUUUUUAAUUGGUAGCAUAAUGGAAAAAAAACCACUAGCAGACAGAACAAAUCAAAACCAAAACCAAAGAAGGUAAAAAAAUCAAAUGAACUUUUAAAUCACUUUUUUAGUGUCAAAACCAUUGUUACCAUAUCUAGACAAAUGAAAGUUGCUAAGUAGGAUUAAAUAACUAUUUACACAACUCAGGACACAUAAUUGUGAAUAAGGUUGAUAAAGUAGGCGAAGUAUUCACUACUUUAUCGUAUACCCUGAAUAUACAUAAGACAGUGUAUAUGUAAACUCAGAUGUGGCCUUGCUUUAAAACAGAUUCCUAAUCCACUUUCUUGAAAGCGUGAGAGAUUAGUUGUCAACUCGGAGAAUUUAAGAUAGGUCGUUACUCGUGACAAAGUCGUGAGACUUGGUAAGUCUGAAACUAGGCCAUUUAUUCUGCUUCGCAAUAGGAGGAACCGACAUCGAAGGAUCGAAAAGCAACGUCGCUAUGAACUCUUGGCUGUCACAAGCCAUGUAUGCUUAAUUCAAACAAGUUCGUAUUUUGACUUUGCGUUAUGAUGCGUUUAACGCUAAGGAAAUGUUUUUCACUGUGAAGAAAAUCAAACAAAAACAAAAUAUUUGCGCUCUUUUGCGUCCUGUUCUGUUUUGCUUGUUUUAUUUAUGCACUUGCCACCGAUAUUUCCCCUGAUCCCCGUCUCGACCCGUAAUCCCGACGAUGAGUUCUUAUCAGCUUAUUUCGGUACCAAAAGUGCCUCGCAGAGGAUCAAGACUCCCUCAUCUUCGGAGCACCAGUGGCAAAUAUUGGGAUAAAUACUUGUUAUGGCCAAAAAGGUCAUGAGACAGGGUCGAACCAACUGUGGGCAAACUAUGAAACGUUAAAAAGACUUUCCCCGAUUUCCGCAUCCUAAAACCGUACCUCGAUCAAAAUUUCAAUGCCGAAUCGCGCCUCCGCGCCUCCGCGCCUCCUCACCCCCCUCCCUUUGACGCUAAAUUCCCGGAUCCCGUCCUUCAAAUAAGCCUUUUGUUUGUAGAAAAUCGUCUAAGUGCGUUAAACGGAGCGUGGAACUUGAUCGUUUCGUCUCACUUCAUUUUAUCGUUCUGCUUUGUCUUUUUCUGUUUUUCUGCGGUUGUUUGUGCCCUUUCUCGCGUGUUUUAUUCCAGCAUCUGGUUUUCCUGAUGUUUAGCCCACUUUGUGAAUUAAAAAAAUAUAUUUGAAAAUGUUAAAAGUAGUAGGACUAAUUCAUUAACAGUAAAACACGACACACAGACGAGUGUUUUGCAGUUGAUAAAAACACUAACAGCGAGCGUAGUCGUGGCCUCAAUAAGUCUCCCUAUAAUUUCCUUUCAGUUUUGGAUUAUUUUGCGUUAAGAAAUGGAGCUAAAAACUCAUCCGUGUUUUAUUAUACUCACUAUAAAUGAGGUCUUUUAAAACUAGUGAUGGGCUGAGAUUUUAUCAUCGAUCAUCGGAAAUAAUCGGAUUGACCCAACCGAUUGAUCAUCGAUUAUAAUCGGAAAAUCUGUUGAUAAAAAGACUCAGCCGUCGUCUUUGUUGUGGACAACAUGAAAACGAGACAACGAAGAGUGGACCCUGGGAACCAACUUGAGUUUCACUUCGAUCUUUGCAAGCUGUUUAUAUUUGUUUUGCUUUCAUCUCCCCUUGUAACCUUUCUGAUCGCAGUAAGUAGAUCUAAAAAUGUUCUUUACGGCCAGCUACUAAUUUAGAAUAAUUUCUAAGAGAACCAUCAAAAUGUGCAUUAAAAUGUGCAUGCAACACACAGUAUUUUUUAUGUUUUUAUUUGUCAUCAAUAAUUUUUUUCAUUUGUCCGCUAUAAUCGAGUGUCAUCAUCCAUAAUCGAUUGUCGCGUCGCUUAAAGAUUUUCGAUCAAUGAUCGAUUAUAAUCGAUGAUCGGCACACCACUAUUUAAAACCUCAUUCAAAAUAGACGAAAGUAAAACGAAAUGGCCUUUCAGCUCAAGUUGCAGAAAAGACAACUUUUUAAAAUUAUCACGACCCAUAUAAGGAGUAACGUAUUUCUCAAGUUUUUUUAUUCAUUCAGGUUCCUGAUUUCCCUGCAAUUGAGUUUAGCUUCCCUUCUCCUUUCUCGUUACUUUUAACUCGUUUUAUUAGGUUUACUGUUUUUCAUUAAGAACUGGAGAGAAUAUUGCCAGUUGAUUAUAAGUAGAUCAUUUUUUCAUAAAGCAGGAGUUGUAAUUUAAGUCUAUCUGGCAUACAGUACAAAACUUUCAAAUUUUGAAGUUUUUUUUUUCUUCUUUCCAUACAAACUAUGCCGAGGCGUAUUCAACGCGCUAGAAAGAAACUAUAUAUCAAAACUCGUACCCUGCGAGCAGAUUGUUCUCCUUUGCAUGGCUUUUAGCGUUAACGAAGUCGUUCGCAUCCGGCGCUUGUCUGUCGCGUACUUUGACGACUAAUUAGACGCAUUAGAAAGUACCUUUCGUACAAGAGUGCACAAAGACUAAUCUUAGUACUGGUAAUUUACUGUAACGUUUACGAAGUCGUUGGCAUCUGGCGCUUAUCUGUCGCGUAGCUGGCAAGAGAGAAACAUCUGCUCACAUGGUACAACAAAUGACGACAAACUGUGCAUUUUUACAUCUUAACCGUAGAGAUCCUUCGGUCAGACAUUAGAGCAGUUAAAGGGCCGUUAUCUGUUGUACCAAAACAAGAGAGAAUGAGAUCUCUCUUGACUAAAACAAGUACAAUCUCCUUUAAAUUAUAUCUUUCUAUGAGAGUUCUUGCCCGAGAUUCGUUUUCAACAUUUCAUUGUUUAGUAUCAUCACAAUAGGUCAAAAUCUCAUUCUGGAAAAUGCCGAAAACAAACAGCAGCGUGCGAAAAUACUAAUGAAUAAGUUUCAUUUGAAUGGUCACACCACUGGAUUUCGUUCACAUAGAGAAUAGUUAGACAGCAUAAUAAACAGUACCACAGGAAAGUACUGCUCAGUAGCUUUCAUUUGAACGGUAACACCAUAGGAUUUCAUCCACAGACUCAAAAGUUAGAACCACCUUGUACAGCAUAAUAAACAGUACCCCAGGAAAGUACUGCUCAGUAGCUUUCAUUUGAAUGGUAACACCGUAGGAGUUCAUCCACAGACUCAAAAGUUAGAACCAUAUCAUAUAGAAUCAUAUCAUCAUAUUCAAUACCGUUACAUGUACCAAUAUUGACUGUAGAGGUGCCAGAUAACGACACGUACUUCAAAAUCAGAUAUAAUACAUUGCCAACUGACAAGUUCUACAAAUAUGAGAAAUGUGAUAUUAAGUAAAGGCAGUCACGGUAUCAGAGUAAUACAGGUCACGUUUCACGUUUUUGUUUAGUGUAAAUUCGUUUUUUAAAAGGACCAGCAUCGUGUUCUGCUGACAUUGGCACUUCUCAAGAGCCUUACCCUUUUAUUAAAGCAAAUAAUCUAUCCUCGCUUUAGCAGACAUUAAGACGUGCUGAGUCUAAUGUAUAUUAAAGCACGUUUAAGAUCCAGAGCAAACAUGGGUUGUCUUCCAUACCGUUCUCUAAGUAGACUUCUUGAUUUUUUAGGACACUGACUAUAGCCGGAUUAAAUUUGAUGUAAUAGCACUGAAUUUCUUAGCAUCAUCACUCAUCGUCAUACUAUACAAGCAAAGAGUUUUCCUGCUAAAAACCGGAUGCAAGGUGAAUUUCUUUCGAAAUAUCCUUUUUGACACUAUCCUGUCCCAAAUACUUUAUAUGAAUUUACAUCAUUAGAGACCUUAAGGAACAAUGACGGCGACGGCUACGAAAUUGCGCGCGAAUUUUGUAAAUUUACUUGCGUGCAUCUAACUCGCUUCCGAUUGGUUGAAAAACAAUCAGCUACUGUCAGAACUCACACAUGCGCAUUAUCGUGAACCAGUCCCUUUAAGGUGAUGUUACACGAGACGGUUUUAGCGCAACACAGAGUUGCAACAUUGUUGCAACAUUGGUGCGACAUUGUUUCGAAUGGUUACAACAUUGUUCCAACAUUGCAAUGCUGUGUUGCGCUAAAAGUCGUCGUUGCGAAUAAUUGAAUUCGUCAAAUGUUGGCGAAUUUUUCAGUCGGAGUUGAAUUCUAAAGGACAGCAUCGAAGUCCAGGAAAAUGCAAAGAAAGUGGAUCUCUUGUGUUCACCUCCUUCUCAAAACGUAAAAUUAGGCACUUUGACGUCGCAGUCGUGCAACGACGGCAAAGAAAUGAACAAAAAAGCGUGAUGCACGUGCAAAGUUGUCGUUUUUAAAUCUAAACCUAUUGCUGUUUUGCCGUUCUCGUUGACGUCGCUGUCGUCAAAAGCUCCUUAAUAUGCUUUAUGCGUCGCCUACUUCAGUUUUCAUUCGGUCGGUGAAAUAGCUGCUUCGUUGUUUUGACAAUCGCUUCUCUAAGUUCUCGGAGCCGCCAACAAUACAGAAAAGGAUUAAUGGCAGAGUUCAUGAACGUUAAAGUUGAGGAAAAUGUCCAUUCGGGUUUCCAUGCUACGUGCAAUGUUCCGAACAGAGUCAGUAAAACAAACCCGGGAAAAUAACAAAGAAGCAUACAAAUGUAAAAUAUAAACGUACUCAUUGCGCGUUUCUUGACCCGUGACAGUUGCAUUUUGUUUCCAUCGUUUUCAUUUUCCACAGCGUUAUGCUGAAUGUUUAUCUGUUGCUGGUGAACUCGAACAAUUCGAUAAAUUUUUGCGUAAGAAGCUGUGCAAAUGAUAAUGCAAACAGCCGAAAAUAUACCUGCCAUUAGGUGAAAAACAUACUUGUCCCAAAGGUAAAACCCCAAAGACAGAAACAUGACUAACCAGAUUGCUCCUACGGUGUAUUUGACUCGUGUGUUGGUCACUAUGAUGGCGUACCGCAUGUGAUAGUGAAGCGCCAAAACGCGGUCCACACUGAUGGCUGUUAUUGUUCCAAGAGACACUCCAGCGACAAAAAACCCUAUCAUUGCUGACAGACGGUAUAAUAUAGGGUUUUGCGUUGUUAAGCUUGUGAUUUCGUCCGCAAUAAAAAGUGGUUGGGCUAGGAGACCAACGAGAAGAUCCGAAAACGCAAGGCUUGUCAGCAUAAUCAUUGAGGUUGAUUGUAUGGAAGGCGUUCUGAAGAUGGCGAGCAAGACCAGAGCAUUGCCUACGAUGGAUACUAGUAUCAACGGAGCAUUAAGCACAGAGUUUAUGAUAACUAUAGUUUCCGUUCUGCUGUGAUCCGACCUGUUUCUACCAUUAUCACUCAAAUUCAUGAUGUCUCUCCUUAAAACAUCGUUAACGAUUUAUAGAGACCUUUGCCUUGGUGGUGGGAACUUAUAAACGGAUAAAGCUCGGUUUAAAAUGCAUCCUGUUUGCCAAGAAACUCCUAAAUCACACCAAUUGUUAAUUUCGCUUUUAAAUCAAAUAACUGUUUCAAUUGUGCGUGGGGUAACUUCGUUUCAGCACCUGCGGCUAAUUUCUCAGAUCGUAUGUUCUUAUGCAAAUUGCAAGUUGGACCACCAAUUUCAAGACUUCGAGAUAAAUAGCAGAGUCUCUGUUUCCUUCAUCACUCGGCUAUUGUCAGAAAAUCAGGCCGGUAUCAUGAUCUGCGACAUUGUUUAACCACAGUGUCUCUCAAAUCAGGUGACGUUAAACUGAUGACUUCAGGUCGCAGUUCAUUCAUGCAGACACGAUUUUAUGACAAUAGCAAAGUGAUGAAAUUAAUAGAGUCAUUCCUACGUCUCGAAACCAGACCAGGUGACCCGGUUUUUAAAUUUGUUUCGCUAAACGUGCUGCAAAAUUAAAGAAAGAUGCAAAUUUUCACUCGGUAGGAUAAUGUGAAGUAGUAAUAGUUGACACUACAGCUGCCCCAUGUCGGACGAGGUUUCAUCCAGAGUUUUAGAGUUAGAUUUACACAGCUUUGAUCAAAACAUUCUCAGUUUCGAGAAUAGUUUAUUCUAAACCAUAAGAAAAGAUUUAAUUAAAAGUUGAAUUUUCCGCUAUUUCUCUUUCACUUUUUACAUUCAGUUCAUUUUAUUUACCGGAAAGUAAGCCUUAGAAAUUGAAAAGACGUUUGAUCAAUUCAUACUCGCGCAUUCUAUAGUCUUAUUUUAAACUUUAUUGCGGAAGGACAUCUGUGAGCAGGGAAUAAGGACGAAUAAGUCAGCACAGAAUUUGAUUGUCGGCGAAUUUCUGUAAUCAUCCAUCGUUCUGCUAGCUAUAAGCUAGCCGAUGUUCACUCGUCUUGCUUGUUUGGUGCUGAGUCUGAUUCCGGUCAAAGAGAGAGAAAGAGUGUCUGGCAAGGUCUCCAAUCAGAGAUUUGUGACAUUUGCGAACUCGUGUCUGGCAAACUCUCCCAAGUGUUUAUAUAUACACAGUUAUACGCACCUUAUAACUUCAUCUGCGGUUAACGAGUAUAUUUUGAUCCAUAACUUUCAAACAACUGCUCCACAGAAUGUCACUUAUAACACGUAACGCAAAAGAGUAUCGAAAUAUGACUGCACAAUAAAUGUCACAACAUCUACCUAGGCGGUCCCUUCGGGAUUUUCUGUCUUUACGUCAUCCUAACCAUUUCGCACUUGCGGGCGCAAACAAUAGAAACGUCAUCAUUACCUACCGAUUCCUUGCGGCCCCUGUUCAAGCAAAUCGAGAUUUUUUCUUUAUUGACUGUAUGACUGUAUAUUUCAACUGAAAGUACUUUCCUUAAUAUACGCGCGAGUUACUAGAGUGCCCCCGCAGGGAUUUCGUCUUCUGCGGGAGCAAAAAAAAACCACACAAACAAACACAAACAAGAGAAAAGCAAAACCAAAGAAGGUAUUAAGUUGAAAAGAACUUUUAAAUCACUUUUUUAAGUGUCAAAACUACUGUUACCUUAUCUAGACAAAUGAAAGUUGCUAAGUAGGAAAACUGAGAACACGUAGAUGUGAAUAAAGCUGAUAAAGUAGGCGAAGUACAGGAGAGACGUAACACACGCUUUAAGUAAGGUAAGCUGUUUCUUAUUGAAAUCCUUUCAUAUUUCGUACAAAUCCUUAUAUUUUGAAUGUUACGCAACAAUGCCGAUGCUCGCCGAUGUUCAUAUUUCGAGCUUGGGCUACCUGUGAGGUAGCCCAAGCUGGAAAUAUGAACAUCGGCGAGCAUCGGCAUUGUUGCGUAACAUUCAAAAUAUAAGGAUUUGUAUGGGGAAAAACCUAUCGUUUCUGUAACCUACGAAAUAUGAAAGGAUUUCAAUAAAAAACAGCUUACCUUACUUAAAGCGUGUGUUACGUCUCUCCUGUGUGGUCCACGUGCCGAUUUAAGGUCGUUUUAUGGGUUUUUAUGUAAACGGUUUUCUCUGUAUAUAAAGGUUUAGGAGAGACGUAACACACAUUUUAAGUAAGGUAAGCUGUUUUUUAUUGAAAUCCUUUCAUUUUCGUAGGUUACAGAAACGAUAGGUUUUUUUCCACACAAAUCCUUAUAUUUCGAAUGUUACGCAACAAUGCCGAUCGAUGUUCGCCGAUGCUCAUAUUUCCAGCUUGGGCUACCUGUGCUUUAUUGUAUACCCUGAAUAUGCACAAUACAGUGUAUAUGUAAAUUCGGAUGUAGCCUUGCUUUCAAACAGAUUCCUAAUCCACUUUCUUGAAAGCAAGAGAAAUUAGUGGUUAACUUGUGAGAGCGCGAGAUAAAUCGUCAAACCGUGAGACUCGUGACAAGCUCAUUGGGAAGGAUAGGUGGAACCGACAUCGAAGGAUCAAAAAACAACGUCGCUAUGAACUCUUGGCUGUCACAAGCCAUGUAUGCUUAAUUCAAACAAGUUCGCAUUUUCACAUUGCGUUAUGAUGUGUUUUACGCUAGGGAAACGUCGGUCACUUUGAAGUAAAUCAAACAAAAACAAAAUAUUUGCGUUCUUUUGGGUCUUGUUCCUUUUUGAUUGUUUUAUUUAUGCAAUUACCACCGAUAUUUCCUCUGACGCCCGUCUCGACCCGUAAUCCCGACGAUGAGUUCUUAUCAGCUUAUUUCGGUACCGAAAGUGCCUCACAGAGGAUCAAGACUCCCUCAUCUUCGGAGCGCCAGUGGCAAAUAUUGGGAUAAGUACUUGUUACGGCCAAAAAGGUCAUGUGACAGGGUCGAACCAACUGUGGGCAAACUGUGAAAACUUAAAAAGAUAUUUCCCGAUUUCCGCAUUGUAAAACCGCACCUCGAUCAAAAUUACAAUGCCGAAUCUCGCCCCCCCCCCCCCCCCCUCCCUUUGACACUAAAAUCCCGGAUCCCGUCCUUCAAAUAUGCCAAAUCCCGUAUCCCGAAAAAACUAAUUGGGGGUCCUCAUAAGCUUGGUUUUGAAGUAAUUGUUUGGAUCGUUUACCCUGCGAGCAGAGGCCCUUCGAUCUCCCUAGACUUCCUUCCCGACUUAUUUAGGAAGAUCGAAGGGCCUCUGCUCGCAGGGUAUGGAUCGUUGAGCUGUCCCAAAAAGUGUUCUUACGAAGGAGACAAUCCCAACGACUGAGACGAUUCCAAUCGCCUAAGACUAGUAGGAUGGUCACCAGUGGCCAAAUAUUCGAGACGAUCUCCACGACCUAGAAAGCCUCCCACGAUCCUCUUCCAUAUCUCUUCAAGCAACGCUUUGCGCUUUCUCUAGGGAACGCAAAAAUCGAGGUUAAAUGUUAAGUGGGUACGAUCGAUAGUCUCACCACCAUAACCGUCUAGUUUUUGUGUGGCAGAUUAGAGCGGCGCGGUGUAAACACCAUAGCCUUCUGGAAUUUUGUGCGGGAAAGGCAUGGUUGCAUGAUUACGUGGAAACUCUGCUGGGAGUUGCUUAAUUAGCGCUCUGCGCAUGGGCAGGUGACAAAGGCCUCUGACAAAAGUUAAAAUUCAACCUGGUUCGUCAGUUCCGUGUGAAUAGAUCGAACAUAUUGAACGGUUCCGUGUGAACGAUUUGUCCGGCCCAGUUUUUACGGGGCCAUGUGAACGUGAUCUGAAACUGAAAGCGUCCUUUUUGUCUUUUUAAAUGGUGCUCACUACGUAACUUUGUCUUUCACUAUAGGUGUCUUAAGGAUUUUAACACAGUUAAACAUGGCAGUCCAGAGUCGUCCGUGUCUAGGAAGAUAUUUUCUGAUCACUGGAAUGUGAAAGUAGCCCCUUUAUCUGGAAAUAUAAUCUGGGAACACUUGUCCGUCGAUAAUGAAAGCUGGUGGGCCAGGGCGCUGUUAAUAAACACACUGCUCUUCAUCUUCGUACUGUUUCUGACAACUCCAACUGUUAUAUUGUCAUCAAUUCAGGAACUGGAGGCGACAAUAGGUGAGUGACGGGUGACUGAAAUACUGUAGCCUCUUUAGCCUGCGUAAACAGCCAUAUCUCCUCGCUCUUGGUCGCGAAAUGUCGCUAGCGGUGAUGAGCGACGGAGAUGGCUGUUUUUGCAAGCUAGAAAUACUGUUUCAGGUAAACUUUUUACGUUCUAGGGUUUCGUCACGCGUUGCUCUCGUGGGGAAGGAACGCGUGACCAAACCCUAAGAAUGUCUGCAUGAGAGGCUCAGGAGUAGUCUGUAAAGAGAUCGUCUAUUUCCUCUUUAGAGUGCGUCGUGCGCGCAUGCAAAAUAAAACCUGCGCAGGAUUUAUUGACCCCUCCCUAAGCUUUGCGCCUUAACAAGGCGGGAAGGUUUGCGUGACUUGGUGAUCCUGGUGGGUUCAGCCAUGCUGAGCAGGUUUCAGUUAAAAGGCCAGACGAAGAGGAGAAGUCGUUACGUCACGUUACCAUGGUAGCAAAUUUCUGGAUGACAACAAAUCAAAACGUCACUUAAAAAGUGGAUUCGCACUGUUUCAAACUUCAUCGCACUUAUUUAGUUUGAUUUAAUUUGUAAAAUGCUGGCGAAAUUUUCUGGGUUGAAUCCGAAAGGACCGUAUUUAAGUUUAGAAAAAGAAAAAGAUAAUUUUGGUGGUGUGCUCACCUACUCGAUAAAGCGGGCGAGCGAAAUUAGGAAGUUUCGUGUCGCAGUUGUGUAACAACUGCUAAGAAAUGUACAAAAAAAGUGUGAUGCACGUGCAAAGUUGUUCUUUUGCCAAUCUAAACCUAUUGCUUUUUUGCUGUUGCGAAAACUCCCUAUUGCUGUAGUCCAGAAAUUUUGCUACCAUAGUAACGUGACGUCACACUUCUCUCCAUUGUAACGCCUUACCAUCCAGGUUUAGAGUUGGGCGAUCGGUUAAUGUCCCAUCCCCCAUAAAAAAGUAUCAUUACUGAAAUCCGAUACACUUUUCAAGAUAGCUGGCGGAGAAGUAUGGAGGCCUUAUGCGCAAGUGGGCGGUAAAAGGCGAGGUGACUUGAGGUGAUUUUUGGAUCACUAUUGCAUGGGGUUGGUGGUGGAGGUGUGCUAUGCGCUCGCUCUCGCGUGCUUAUUGAAUUCCUAAAACAAACAUGCAUCGAUACGUCUCGAAGACAUGUGAGUAAAGGAGUAACACUCUCCCUGGACACCUUGAUACCUGAUACCUCGUCUUUGUGGCACGGCUUGCGCAGCCCAUUGACGUUAGUAGGUUGUUUUUAAAAGAAACCACGACGGCGACGCUAGCGAAAACGUCACUAUUAAAAAGGCUUUGCGUUUUUGCAAGCCGGCACCCGCUCUAAGAUACCUCCCUAGGGUUACCCGAAACUUGUUCUUAAUAAUUACCUUUUUCACUCAUUUUUCUUCUUCAGCGGAAAAGAAUCCCAAGCUCGCUGUUCCUCCAAACCCGUUUCUCACGCAAUUCUUGCCCACCAUCCUUCUGUGGAGCUUUGCAGCAAUGCUUCCCGCAGUUGUGUCUUGGUCUAGUUAUUUUGAGGCACACUGGACCAGGUAAAGUUGGAUUUAAGAGUGAAGAGUUUCAUAAUCUCAGUUGUUUACAAUAGUAACUUGACAAAAUUACUCGAUUACUUUGGCGCGAAAUUUCAGGGUUAUAAGUUUCUAAUAUCACUAGUGAAAACGCAAAAUUGCUUUGGAAACUUUUCGGGUCAAUUAGGGUUUUUGGGAAAGUGCCUACCUACCCCUCUCCUAAGUCAACAUUAACACUUACUUCUCACUUAGGGCAAAAUGUUGGGUUAGGGGAGGGGUCGGUGGGCAGUUUCCCUGAAACCUAAAUUGAUCCAACUUUUUUACUAAACCCACGAUUGGUAUGAAAAAGGUACUCAAAUGGUAUACUUCGUGAAAUAUGGAAAUAAUUUCACUCGUCACCAUUUGAUUUCACGUUAAUUUACUGACCAACAUUGUGGAAUGUAUAUUCCUCGUGAGAACAACUUGAAGUUACACUCUGUCACAUUUGUAGCACUUUUUUUCGCACAGGUCCAAGCUGGAACAUUCUGUGAUGGUCAAGACCUACAUUUUUCUAUUGUUGAUGAUUUUAAUCUUGCCAUCUUUGGCUUUGACAAGGUAACUAAUUCGAUGGUUAAAGUAAUUACCUGAUUAGAGUAGUUUCAGUUCAGUUGUUUCGAUUGCCGUGGUUUAACAUGGCUUUGCUUUGUGAUUGGCUAAAGAAUUCUCACGCUACUUUUUCAGCCAAUCAGAAGUAAACCCACAGCUAAUCGUGAUUUGUUCACGUGCGUUUCUCCGCGUCUGGCGCCCAGUACGUGAAUUUUCUUCGAGUUAUAAUUUUUUGUUGGAAUACUUGCGCCUUCUGUGAUUGGCUUAAAAACUUCUUACGCCUCUUUGUCAACCAAUCAGAAGUAAGCCCACAGCCGAUCGUGCUUCGGUCACAUGAGUUUUCCCGCGUUUGGCUCACAGUACGUGAAUUUUCUUCGAGUCAUGAGUGGUUGUUUCAAAUACCGGCACCUUUUGUGAUCAGCCAAGAAAUUCUCACGCCGCUUUCUCAACCAAUCAGAAGUAAGGCCAUUGCCAAUUGUGACGUUCUGACGUGCGUUUUCCUGCACUUGGCGGCCGGUACGUGUAUUUCUUCGAGGUUCGAUUGGUUGCUUCGUUAACCUUCGUUGUGAUUGGUUAAACACUUCCCCCCUUUUUUAUUAAACUAAUUGGACAAUUUUCACGAGGUCAUUACUUGACUUCAGCCUUUAGGGAGGCUGUUGUCAAUUGACGUCAACUAGUAACUGGCCCAAAAAAGACAACUGCUCUUUUUAAGCGUUAAACACCAGAAAAUGACUGCUUAGGUUUUUUAUAACACAUAUGAUAUUAUAUGUGACCGUCUUUUUGUGUUGAAUUUCUUGUAGUGCUGAUGCCUUGUUUCAUUUGACGCUGGGUGGAAAGAUGCCUGAAUUUCAAAGUAGACUAGCGUAAGUACGCUUCUUUACGGUUAAGAUUUGAGAAAUUAAAGCACCACAAGCUCUUUGAUGUUUCUUUAGACGUCUGUAAUACUGUCUGUAAUACGUCUGUAAUUAUACCGUAAAGUGACGUGGUAGGUAUUAGCAGAAUAGCAAAUAUAAAUGUAUAUAUACUUAUUUUUUUUAGUUACAGAUUACACUUCAUUUUUAUCGACGCUUAGAGACUACGGCUUUUAGAUUUACGAUUUACUUGCCAUGAUCUCCAUUGUGGAAUAAGGUGGCCUCGGUGCUGUAUUGUGCAGCUGGUUUCAGUGUUUUUGUUCUUAGACAACCUCGCUCUGCUACGUCUCUCGGUUUACCUGCUUAAAGCAGGUUUCAGCUUACCGGGUUAAAGAUUUUGAUUCCAUUUUCCACUUGGCAAAGCAUCUUCACGGUUAGUUUCAACCAACAAUUUUGGUAGACCUUGAGCGGUCGUCUGUGUUUUCCCUCAGUGCUACGCGCGAGUGAAAAAGUAAAAUUAUGCAAAUUAAUGAUAAAAAGGAGGAGAGAUUGGGGUGGAGAGAUCGAGGCUUCGGGCUUCCGCACUCGUUCCUCGCGCGUGCUUCCCCUCACGCGUGCGUUUUGAUCUGCUUUGACUAAAAAGAAAAAUAACUGACUGCUUGCAGUCUACAAUUUAGGGGCAGUCUCCGCUUCUUGAUAAUAGACUCAAAAAAAUUUGAGGGUGUGUGAUGUGCCGUUUUCUCGCUGAAACUCCCUUGGUUACAUUCCUGGUGUUUUGUUUUUUACUGCAGUUGUGUGUUCUUACCUAACAAUGGGGCGUUCUUUGUGAACUACUUGAUAACUUCUGCGUUGAUUGGCACCGCGUUAGAGUUGUGUCGUUUCCCUGAACUGGUGUCGUACGCUGGAAAUAUGGCUUGCGCGCGAAAUGAAGGCGAGAAAAGGCUCGCUCGUAAGGUAAGAAAGAACAGCUCUAGUUGAGAAUCCAAAGUCGAGACGUUUUUUUCAACGGAGAAUCAUGUAGCGGGAAAACAGCCGACAUUUCGCGAAGCCGCUGGUGAUGACGCGUCACUGGAUAUUGCUUCUGAUUGAGCACUAGCUAGAUCAGAGUAGUGACACGUCAUCAGUAUGGAAUUUCUACGCUCGUUUCUCGGAUGUCAUUUCGCGGGGAAAGCAGUGGUGACGUCGCGAAAUGUCAGCUGUUUUCUUAGGCUAAGAAAUGGUAAAACAACUUUGGCCCUUUGCGUCUGAAAUAACCAAAUCGGUACAAUAACACAAUGUCUCGCAAAAUUUCAAAUAUAUCAUUUGCAACCCUUAUCUUACUGAGAGAAUUCCUCUUUUUAACAGGAAGCUGUGCGCGAGUUUGCGUAUGGUCAACAGUAUGCCUGGAUGCUGGUGAUCUUUUCUGUCAUGGUUGUGUACUGUAUCACGUGUCCUCUAGUCACGCCUUUUGGUAAGUCACGCAAUGGCCUUGUCACAUGUCAGAUUUUUUCUUUAGUCACUGUUAGGAAAGAGUCAGGGAAAAAUAAUUUUUACGGUCGGGGAAACGUAACGGGAUGUUGUAAAAGGUCGGAAAAAAUAAGUUCUUGGAAAAGUAAUGAAUAAGGUUUUUUAAUUAAAAGGUUAGUUAUAAGAAGUAUUGAGUAGAAGGAGACCGAUUUUGAUACUCUAAAUCCUAUAAUAAAAGAUAUUGUCAAAAAUAUUCGUAGCUUCUAAAGGAGCUGAAGGAAAUGUGAAGUGCGUGUUCAGUGGCCGUUGUUUAGUCUUAAAGGAGAGUCCGGAGUUUUCUUCUUUUUUUUUCUUUUUCUUUUUGUCGUUCUGAGCUUCGGUAAAACGGGCAACAGAAACGUGUAACUUGUCUUUCAACAUUGCUACAAAAUGAGUCGAAAAGCUAUGUUGCGCGUUUUACCACCCACGUUCAGACCAGGUAACAACCUGAUUUAUUGCAUAACAGGUUUAACGAGCGAGUGGCGAAGCCGCGAGGGGCUCGCGCGGGGGGCUCGGCCCCUCACUCGCGCAUCCUCGCGAGGCUCGCCCAAAUAGGAGAGCUUGCUCGCAGGCUCUGUGGGUGAUAAAACGCGCAACAUCGCUAUUCAAAACGUUUUGCAGCAAUGUUGCAAGACAAGUUGCAUAAUUUUUGUUGCCCGUUUUGCGGUACCUUAACCCUUUAAACCCUAAGAUCAAAAUUUGAAUUCUCAUUCGUUGCCCCUAUUCAUUUCCUACAGAAGUAGUGGGGAGAAGUUGAUAAAAUAUCAAACAAAUCCAUCUUGUGUGAUCAUGUCAGUAAUUCUCAUGACCACUCUGUUUUACCAAGCAUUGAUGUUACAAGGAGAAACUUGAUACAGAUCACUCUUAAGGCUUAAAGGGUUAAGCGCUUUGGUGAAGGUGCUAGGAGGCUUUGUGAGUAUUGGUAUUUAGAAACACUUUGUUCUAUAGUUCCUACUAUAAGAUCUCAUGUUCCCUAUAUUUCUUCUCAGGUUUGCUCUAUUUGGCCUUGAAGCAUUUGACUGAUCGAUAUAAUCUGUACUUUAAUUACCGCUCCCCGGCCUACAAAUACGUAGAUAGCACUGUGCAUUCUACGGCCGUCACCUUCACUAUGAUAUCCACCUUCUUUGUAUUGAUGUCGAUUUUAUUUUAUGCCGUUAUCAGACUGGGUAAGUCAUUAAAAAUCGAUGUAUUUUUGGGUCUUUUUACAAGACACAGUAACGUGCUUAGGUAAAUCUACUUCACCUCUCAUCAUCCAUUCCCAAAUUGUAUCAGAGUACGUUCAGAAAGCACAUCUCAACAAAACUGGUACAUUUUUGGUGUUUUCGUUGUUGCAAUAACAUUUUCGUUUUUUUUUUUUCAAUUACCCCUUUCCCCGUUAAAUCUGUUCGUCCUUUCUAUUUUUCGCCUGUUUGCCGCAAAGAGACAACAAAAGGGAAAGAGAGAUUUACUCUUUGCUUGUCGGAAAAGAGCGAGGUAAAAGGCGGAAUGAAAUCUUUUUGGUGUUCGCACUGAGAGUUUCCUAACUGAAAGCUCUUCGUUUUCCGUAGCAGUGAAAUAGCAACGUCAAGUUAUUUUUCCUGUUAGUUGGUUCAUGUAAUUGUUCCUUUAAAGCGUCAGCAGUGAAACGUACCUCAAGUAAUUAUCUGAAAAUAAAAAGGACUAAAAGAGACUCAUGAAUUUUGCUUCUUCUUCAAAAUUUCGAAAAUAAGCCCCUCCAUGUAUAAGCCCCACCAAAUAUAAGCCCCCCCAAACUCGUAACGCAAAAAACAUUCCGUUAAAUCGCCCCUCCAAAUAUAAGCCGUCCUGGGGGCUUGUACUUGGAAAUUGCCCUCAAUACAAAGUAAAACAAAGCAAAAACGGUAAAUUUCCUUUCAACUAAAGGCUGGCCCGAUCGAUUUUGAAACGCAAAUCUCCCUCCGUAGAUAAGCCCCUCCAAAAAUAAGCCCCUCUAAAAGGGCCUUUGAAAAACGUAAGCCCCGGGGCUUAUUUUCGGAAGUUUACGGUAUGUUGGUAAAUAGCAAAUCUUAUCGCAGAGAAGAACGAGAAAGAUCGUAUCCUGUUCUCGUCCACAAUUUUCUGACAUCGAUUACUUUUGAGGCUGGAAAAUCGCUCGUUUCUCGAACUAUCAAAUGCAUUGAUCAGUACUUGCUAUCACUGAAAAUCGCUCCUUUAUUUCAUUUUGUUUUACCCUAGCUACACGGUAAAAAUAAUAUUCUGUCGAUGGUGUAGUUAAAUUUGAAAAUAUCUGACAAUUAUAACCUUUUCUGAAGACGCUAAGAGCAGUUUCGACAAAUAUUAGUCGAUGUUAACGAUAGCUGUCCUUUGCUUUGGUUUCCCUGGAAACCUGUUCUGAUUCGUUAAACGUCUACGGUAACCCAAUAAUAAGAACUUCCUCUUCCCACCCCUGCCAAAACUCGUUCCUAUAGAGACGCCUACUGGCUCAUAAAACUUGCUUGAUUUUGGCCGCCCGCGAUACACUUGCGUGGUAUUCAGCAAUUGUUUUGAAUUUGGUGAGUUGGCAGUGAAGAUUAUAAAUGUCAAAAUUUUCUUUGGAGUUAAGCUUGUUCGUUAAGCGUCGGAGAAACUGAAUUUUAUGGCUUGGGAUAUGGGAGAGUUUCGCUUGCUUUCGGAGAAUUUUGGCAGUAAGUAUUGAUUUUCACAUUAAGAACUUCACCAUUUAAGAAACCUUGUGACCUGAAACUAUUGCAAAGUGUGUCAUGUUUGAUAUUUUAGAGGCCAUGUCGAUAGCUUGCCCAUUUCUUGUCUUCUGUGGUCUUUGGCAGAAGUUCUUGCCAUUGGCUCUCUUUCUUGAAGAGUGAACUCACCAAAUUUGCUGGGAAGAGCUUUUUGUAGAAUUUUUGUGUUCAAUGCACUUGUUUUCUUCGCAGACCUUCAAAUACAUGAUAUUAUUUAUUACUCUGCUUGCCAUGAAAAAUUGGCACCUUAAACUUAAGUGAUUUUUUACCGUAAAAACUUAGAUCCGUUACAAAAACUUAUUGUAAACUAGUUAAGAUGUUGUGCGACAGAAAACUCGGUCUUUGCUUUAGAGUUUUUAUUUUCUUCGUAGAUACGUUUUUCACUCAUAAUUUAAUUUCAGUGCGCACAAACUCGGUUUAUUUACUUUAAAAGCAAUUAUUUAAUUUCAGUUCGCACAAACUCGGUUUAUAUACUUUCAAAGUAAUUAGCGUCUCGCUUCAAGGUUAAGCCAAUAACGUGGGGUUCUGGUAGCUAAUCGCCGGCCUAAUCGUUCGUCAUGAAACUAACAAAGUGCGCUCAUAAAUGUAACUAGCAUCUUUUAAAUUCCUAUCAAAACUCACCGUCUAAAACUUAUCGGAUAUCGCAUGUUUAUUUAAGCGGGUUAAUCAUUUUCUUUCAACGGACCAAGAUCAAAAUUCUCUGUAAUGCUUUUGUACCUAAUCGCUUUCUUUUCUUGAAGAAUUUGGUCCUAAAUCUAUACAGCUUUACUUUUAAAAGAAAACAUACUCUAACUUCUUUUAAUUGUUUUUUUUACUGGAUCUAGGUAUAGAUGACCCGCAGACCAUGUUUGCCUUGGUUGUGGUGAUUAUCACUAUCGUCCUGUUCGUACUGCGGGCGUGUUUUGGAAUGUUUAAAAGAUUUGGCCCUCACAAGGUAGGCAGUCAUAAGCAGUAACAGUGUAACUUUCUACUAGAAAAUACGAGAAGUCUGGUAAAACUCCUUAUGAUUUGUAGUCUAAAAGAUAAUUUAUCAAACGCUAAUCACAUCGUUGCCCCUACCUCGUCGCCGGGGCUUUUCCCAUUUUAUAAGGGGAAGAGGUUGGCGUUGUCUUUACGUUUAUUGUUGGGUAGCCUGUGGCCCUGAAUAAACAUGGGUCUUUAUUUUGCCUCUGCUUUUGUAACGUAAAUUCUUCAAACGUGAUCGAUUUAAGCUUGCUGCUCGAGGUUUCUGGUAUUAUGUUAUUUACAAAUACGUACUCUGACGUUUCGUUUUUGUUUGUUUUUUGCAGCAACCUCCUUCGACAGAUGCUGAACUCAAUGGAGCCGAUAUAUACAUUCCUGUAAGUUAACAAACUUGUUCCCCGGAAUUCUCUGCUUUGUUGGUCAUGGAAUAGUUCUCACUGACCGACAAGCUUGAGGACUUUGUGUUUGAGAAUAGUAUGCUCAGUGUUGUUUGUUUUUGUGGCUCUUUUGUGGGCGUUUACCGUUCAUGCUAUACCAGAUAACUUCUCAUGUCGGCAAAAAAACGUUAUCCAAUGUAGACUUAGCCUUAGAUUUUUAUUUCUCUUUCGAAUAACUUGGAGAGAACAACGUGUACCAAAUCGUUUGUAAUUCAGCGCGCCAACUUGUAUUUAUAUUAACUCGACUAUAAGAAAGUCCAAGAAGCGGAAGUAACGUUUUUUCCCGUCGAUAUAUUGCGUGACUAACUUGCGUGACAUGUCAUUUCUGUUUUUCUAUUCCAGGAGGCGUACCUUCCCCCAGUCCUCCAAACAACGCGGGAAAUGAAGGCGACCGGAAGCCCAGAUGACCUCUCUCCUCCCCAGCUCACCAGGCGGAAGAAUUAUGGCACCACACAAAACGAUCACGUGAUUGAUGCGUCACAACUUACGCCGAGCUCGGAAACUGUUUUGAUGUUUGUUGAGGACGAUAAACACUAGAAGCCUCGCGUCUUUAUUUUUCUGUAAAUGUAGCCUGCAAGGAAGCUGUCCAUUUGGGAAAAUCGUGAGAAGUCAAGCGACAGCCGCACACGAAAGGAGACGCGUGUACGAGCCACUCGCUCGCACGUUCUCUCGCGGCCCGCUUGGCAUUCGACAUGAUUGACUGGAGAGCUUGCUGGCAGGCUUCUGUAAAUGUUAUUUUUACUUUUGUAAUAAUUCAUGUAGUUAGUUCUCUUUGACCACUUUUAAUAGAAAGUGGGUCUGUUUGGAGGGAAUUAACUGUAUUUUUGUGAGACGGAUGUUCUGUUGUAUAUGUAUAUGAAUUCACGUUUGAGAUUUUUUUUUUUCUGUUGAGAAACCAUAAUUAUGAUUCUAAAUCCCCAAAAUUUGUUCUGUUCAGAAAAUUUAGUCAGUUAGGUGACAGUAGAGGCAACUGAAUAGUUGCGUGUUUCUCGUGAGAUAAUGUACCGAUAAACUAUCGAUUGGUAAUUUUUGCCGAAUGAAACCUUCGCCCUUUACAUGUUGCGAAGAUAGAUAAUGAAAACCGAAGACAAAAUGUCUUAAUUUGUAAGCAAAUUCUGCAGUGAAAGGAAAAUGUACGUUGAUCAGAGUUUUAAGAGUUAGAGACUGAUGUGAGUGCUUUACACUCACAUCGCCCAUUCCACAGCUAGCUAAUCAUCAGUUCAUUAAUAUGAACAAGAAGUCGCUAAGUGUUUGAAUAUUUGAACUGAGUGCUCUGUAUCGCAAAAGCGACGAUUUGUAAUGGAACGAACUAGUUUCUGAAACGGUCGCUGAGGGGUAAAAAAGUUAUUAAAGCAUGCAAAUCGUGCGUUAAAAGGCAUCAACGCACCCCAAUCAGCCAAUCAACUUCCAGAAUUUCAAACAGAGCGCGAAGGUGAAUAUCAACAUGGGUUACUCUUGUAAGCGAACUUCAAAUAGACGGUCCAUCGUCUUUCGUUAUUUUUUGAAAAUCUUAAUGAAGUAAGUUAUAUUAGCUAUACCACAUCCACAAUGUGUUGUUAAUAGGGAGUUUAAGUAACAACCACGGCGACGGCUACGAAAACGUCACCAAAAAAGUGAACUUGCACUGCUAAAAAUUUUAUCGCGCUUAUUUCAUCUCGUUCAAUUGGUCAAAUUUUGGGAAUGUGUUUUUGGGAGUUGAAUUCUAAAGGACUUUAUCGAAAUCCAGGAAAACCCAAAGAAAGUCGUUAUCUUUUGAUCACGUCCUCCACAAAACUUGAAAUCAGGCAUUUUCACCUCGUAGUCGUGAAACGACGGUAAAGAAAUAUACAAAAAAGCGUUAUGCACGUGCAGAUUUGUUGUUUCACUAAUCUAAAUCUAUUGCUUUUUUGCCGUUCUCGUUGCCUUCGCCUUCGUCAUUGGUUAGAGCGCUUUUCAAUUGAGUGUCGAAAACCAAAACCAAAGUAAUCACAACGGCCAAUCAGAGUAAAGGAAAUUAUCAGAGGGAGCCAAUGGCAACUCGAAGUAAACGCGUGUAACCGGCCUGUAGCGCGGGAAAACGCGAGUGACCAAGGAGCGAUUGGUUUUAGUUUACAUCUGAUUGGCUGAGAGGGUGGCGCGAGUUUUCUAGACCAAUCAAACAGCACAGUAAAGCAAAACCAAUUCAAUCCUGGAUUACUUUCAACACUCAAUUGAAAAUUGCUCUAAGCUCCUUUAUAGUUUCCUCGGACGCCUCUAAUGUGUUCUUUGGGAGGUGAGAUUAAUUUUUGAAAAGUUAUAAAAUUUGUGUGAGAAUUCAUCUUGCAUCAAUAUUGCAUAUUGAGCAUUAUUGCAUGGAGCACAUUGUAUUGCCAAACCUAGAAUUUUUCCAAGUAUUUAGGUAAUUUAUUGUCACAUAAUUUAUUAAUUGGUCGUGUUGUUGUAGCGACAUUUCAAGUUGC